AAAGCACCCCUUGCAGGAACAGCCCCUCCCCGGGUGGCAGCACACUGGCCUCUUGCCCAAGGCUACCAGCAGCAGCAGGUCUGUUUGCAUGGGGGUGUGAGCAGUUUGCAUGCGGUGCGGGGAGAGCCGGGGAGAGAGAGAGAGGAAAAAAAGGAGAGAGGCGGUGGUUUUUUUUUUGGUGGCGAUGAUGAUGAUGAUGAUGAUGGUGCUGAUUUCCCUUCCUUGCCUCUUUUCUUUCCCACCCUGGUGGGGCCUCUGCCUGACGCAGCUCCCACGGGAGAACCCUUUUUUAAAAAAAAUAAAAUACACAGGACAUGCUAUUUUAACACCCCCUCCCUCCCGCCUGGAUAUUUGCAGGAGCUUGCAAGGGAAGGAAAAUCCAAAAGCAGCGAACGCUUGGUUCCUCUCCGGAGCUGCCGCUGCAGCGCCUACGCGGCAUGGAAAGGAGGAACCGUCCUGGCCGGGUGGUGGUGAAGCGAGGCGAAGCUGCAGAGCACUUGCAGCAGCCGCGAAGGAGAAGCUAGGGAAGGAAGCCGGGGCUUGCCAGGCAGGAAGGCCGCUGGAGCCUUUCUGCAGCCCGGGAGCUCGCCCGGGAACAGGCAAGGCGCCUGUUGCUGCUGCUGCAGCCGCCGGAGAUUAGGCCUCUGCCGCGCGCUGCAGACCCGGGAGAAGGGAUUGCUGCCGGGGGCAUCUUGGUGCUGGCCUGCAUCGCCAAGCCUUGGGAGGGAGGCCUUCUCCUGGCUAAAUUCCAAACGCCGUUGUGUGCUUUUUAAAAAUAAAUAAAUAAAGCGUGUGUGCUUAAACAGCCCCCCCUGCCCCACCUUAAAGUGCUUUCUUUGCAGCCGGAUAUGGGGACAAGCGAUUUUCCUGAGGAGGGCCUUUCUUUGUGUGCGUGUCUCUUAACGUUAAAUGCAUUAGAAGGCCAUGUCCGCUCCCUCCUCCCCACCCCCCGGCCCCAUGCACACAGCCCAUAAGUGGGUAUUUCUUGCGUGCGGAAAGAACCCGCAGGAGACUGCAGCACAAUGGCCUCUUCCAUGUAUACCUUCUGGGCCUCUUUUGUUUUUCCAAAACUGGCGCAGCCUCCUGCUCUCGCCCGCGGCGCCCUUCCUGGGCCUCUUGGUGCAGCGCAGGCCUGCGCGCUUUUACUCGGGAUUUCUGCAGUGGCGCUUACUCCCAGGUAAUGGGUGCGUAACUUUCGCAGCUCCAAUUAGAGUGGAGCUGGAUUGAAAGGACCCAGAGGCCAGGAAUCGUUGUCUUGCUGUCAGAUGGGACCACUUUGUGAGGUCGCUCACACCUUGAAGGCAUCCUUUAGUAAAUACGAACAAGAAAGGUUGUUAUGUUGGUCCAUAAAGGCGAGGAGCAGUAGGGAGGUGCAGAUCUACAGUUGAGCAAUGUUUGGGUUGGAUCCAACCCCAAAGUGUGCCACCCAAUGAAAUUAAUGCCCAGCUAUGGAUUUUGGAGUUCUUAGUAAACAUGAUUUUCUUGCAGCAGUAAAUCUUACUCACUGAAUGAUGCACAAGUAUGGGAGUAGCGAAAACUUUGGUACUUGUGCUGGCUUCGGAAGGGGGUGGGUUUUCUGUGUCCUUGUGUUGCCAAGAUAACAAAAGGGCCUCACCUCUGUAGAGAUCUUAGGACUAUUGGUUAGCUGCUUUAUACUAGGCUAGACUUAUUUGUCCGUCUAGACCUGCCCAGUCUGCUCUCCAGCAAAAGCCUUUCACAUCACCUGCUACCUAAACUGGAGAUGCCAGGGACCUUCUGCACGCAAAAUGUGUGGUUUGCUACUGAGCUGUGGUCCUGCACCUAGGAGCAAUGGCGAGGGACUUUUGACUGAGGGGUGGCGGCAUGUGACAGAGUAUGGAAGGAGAUGAGGAAGAGUGUGGUAGAGAAAAUGUGGGUAGGACCCACGUCGUUGAGAAGAAAGUGGGGGUGGGUGAUAAUGAGAUGGUAUCAGGAGGAUCCUAGCAUGAUCAGGUCUGGUGGUUGGGCAAUGCAGAAUUCCAUAUCUUCCCAGUAUGGAAGCAGCCAAGCUAUUAUAGUCUGAAACAGAAAUAGGAGGGGAAAUGAUAAGAUAAGAUAAGAUAAGAUAAGAUAAGAUAAGAUAAUGAAGCUGUAAUUGUGUCAGGAUGGUGGAGACUCCUGUAUUUGUUUGCAAACCAAGUCAAUGGUAGUUGCUCUGUUCUAGGGUUGGCAAUAAGCUAUUAAGAAAAUUUGAGCCUUCUGCCCUGUCAUGGAUGGGGCACCAGUGACCCACCAGAUGAUGUUGGACUCCAAGAUCAUCAUCCCUGCUUGUUGACCAUGCUGGCUGGGAAUGAUGGGAAAUGGAGUCCCAACAGCUCAGCUUCCCCAUCCCAGAUUGAAUGAAAUGGACUAAUCCUUUAAAAAGCCUAUGCAAAUACAAACAAAGGAACUGGUAAAAAUGGUUUUGAAUUACCCUCAUGGGUAAUUCAGAUGUUGUUGGUUUCCCAUCUGCCCCAGUCAGAAUGACCAAUAGCAAUGGAUGAUGGGAGAUGCAGUCCAGCAACAUCUGGAGGAAAUGAUCAAAUUUGCCCCCCUAAGGUGGUUAAAGGCAGAGGUUGGAGCAAACCAUGGUUUAGUGUUGCACUUUAUGUCAUAGCAUCCCUCAUUGGUCCAUUAGGGUGAAUGGGGCGCUGCCUCCACCAACCUGAAUCAGCUCUCAAGCCAGCCCACUCCUGCCUACCUGCCUGUUGUGAUUUCUCCUCCUUAGUCUCCCUGUUGACCUUGUAGACCUCAACGGGCAGGAGGAUGAAGGCAGAACCAGAAUAAGUUGGGUCUCUCUGCCUUUGACUCCCUGCCUUCCACCCCACCAACCUCAGUGGACUCCAGCAUCCAUUUGCAAAGGAUAGACAGCUCUUCAUGAGGAUGGAGAUGUUGGUAGGUGAGGGAAAGGCCUUGCUCUUCAAUCACCUUCUAGUGAGAAGCGGGGGGGAGAGACCCUGUCUCCACAAGGCCAGGGUUUUAGAUAUGUGUUGCUGUAACCACCAGGGUGGGUUGAACAGACCCAUAAUAAGCAGUGUUGGACCGGGGCAGAGGAUUCCUUUCAGCCUCCCCAAACGUUGCAAGGGCGGGUUGAUUUCUGAGUCAGGAAGCCUUGCUUUGAAGAUGCCCUGGUGAAGAGGGCAGUAAGAGAAGCGAUGGCUCUCAUUAGAAGCAUCUUAUUCUCUUGGGGAGCCGCGAUUUGGGGGAGGGGGGGGGACUCUGCUUGGCAGCAGCCACCCUCUUGCUCCUCUGUCCGAGAAUCCUUUGUGCAGCAAAAGGAGAUCCUGUGGGGAUUUCUUUUUAUUUUUAUUGCGGUCUCUCUUUUGUUAGCUACAGACACACACACAGCUUUUCAGCCAGGUUUCUGGGGGAGGUAAGUUGUGGAGGAAGACGAAAAGAGGAGGCUGGGGGGUGUGAUGCUGUUGUGGUGUUGUGUGCUUGUGUAGGGGGGGGAGGGAAAGGGGGUCUGCGAUUGAAAACAGGAGGGCACCCAGGGCAGAAAUUGCCCUUCCACCAGAGAAGAAAACAACCCGAGUCCCUCUGAUUUUCAGGGACUUGUUGGCAACUCAGCGAGGGUUGCCAUAGCUUUUUAUGUAGGGUGACCAGAACCGGCUGAAACUGGUUUGAGGCAGAUCAGCGCCUGAACACAAUGCAGUCAUUGAGCUACUACAGUGGGAGAGCUUCCUCCCUCCAUGGCAGCCAAAAGCAGAGGAUCUUGCAGAAAGAUACCAUCCCAUAACAAUAUGUGAAUGCACACUUUAGACACACAGCACUGGUAUGUGGCUACUGUAAUAGUCAUAAAGGAUUCUGUGUAUCUGUGUACAUAUUUUCAGUAACUGAGAUUACCUUUGGCUGGUUCAUGCCUUUUUUAUCUCCUUUUUUUUUUUUUUUUUGGUUUGCUUUUGCUGAAGUAAUGGACAAGAACUGAGAUUUAUCACCCUUUUUGUAAAGGAGAAAAAAUGGUUUGCUUUGCUAGGUGGCACACUUGGAUAUGUAGGUGUUGGGUUGUGGUGUUUUUUGUUUUUUCCAGCUGCACAAAAUAAAAAAAAAAAAUGGAUUGAAAGAUUUGUAUUUCUAUGCUUGUGAGUCAGGAUUGCUGCUUUUGCAUGCUGUUUUGUAUUUACAGGGUGCUGCUGUCGUUUCUUUUCAGGAAAGAAAAUAGCAUUAUUAAGUCUAUAUGUCUCUCUGUGUGUUGUGUCACUGUUAAAGGCCAAGAGGAACCCUGUGUGUUGUUGUAGAAUUGCUCAUGAAAGCAUUUUCAAAAGAGGCUUAGAAGGCAUUCUCUCUUCUUUUUCUCCUUGCAGGCCUAUUGAUUGGGGCUGCCUUUAACCCUUUCAGGUUUGCAGUGGCUAUGCAUCUGUGGUUGCAUAGCUGAUCAUUGGCAUUAAAAAAAACCCCAAACAAAAAUCUUGUCACAGGCCAAGGUACACAAGGUGAGCUAUGGUAUUAUUUGACUAUGAUCACAAUGGCAUUGAGGAACAUGUCUGCAGAGUCUGAAUGCAGUUUUGUGGUUGCACACCCAGGCACCUUGGUGAAAAAAAGCAGUGGUCUAAAUUAGGCGAAGAAACGCAAUUAAAUUUGUCCAGAUUUAAUAGGAUUAAAGCUAUGGUUUAUAUUGAUAGCCAGGCUAACAGUACUGCAUUUCUUUGGUGUACAGUACCUUAAAGGCAGGAAUUCUCUUUCCUCUGCUGAUUCAUAAAAGAACAGGCCCCUGUAUGACAAUCAUAAAUCAUGGACCACAUGGUAGAGGGCUGUUUUGCAUUACUGGCCCAUUGAACUUUUAUAAUUUUCCAUCUAAUCAUCAAAAAAGUGAUGAUUUCUUAUGUCCUUCCUCUUUCAGCCAAACUAAAUAGCCUUGUCCCUUUUCCUUCUCUCUUGUUUUUUUUUUGAGAGGCAAGGGAAAGGAGUUUUUGAGGCAGACAUUGCGUGUGUGUACAAAUGCCAGAUAUGCAUUUUGCUUACUAGAUUGUAUUGUAAAUGGAGGCUUUUGCAGUCCAACAGAGAGGAUGCUUUUUUUAAAGGUUUUGUGUAGAACUCCAGUGGAUUACUAGUAGCAUGAAUUACAAUACUCGAGAAUUAAUUACAUACAAAUAGGAAACCGGAUGGACAGUACAUCAGCUGGUAAGGAAUGUCUCCUCCUGACUCAAAGCUUCAGAGCAUUAGAUAAUGGAUAAGAUUUGCUUUCCUUCCUUAAAAAAUAAAUAUGUGCUUGGAUUAGAGCAGGCAUUUUGCAUCUUCUGCUGAAGCUGGAGACUCAAGAGAAAGGGAGCGGGGGAGGUAGGAGAAAGCAAUAAUGAAUGUGGCAAAAGGAAGAACAAAGGCUCUCAGAGAUUAUAUUGGAGCACUAAACAUUUCUUUGCCUUUGGGGGAUCUGUGGCUAGAAAACUGUGACUUCCUAAAACAGGAAAUCGUCAGGAACGCUGGAAUUUUUACGUGCAUUAUGAUGUUUCUGAAAAUCCAGCCUGCCCUAGCUGGCAGCUGGUAUUAUAAAUCUGCAGUCAUGGAAAAAAAAAGAAAAGGGGGGGUGUGCGGAGAGAAGGAACCCAAAUAAAGAUGGAGGAUAAACAGUAGGAUGAAAAAAAUUGUUCUGAUCUAGUUUGAAAUUUAGGUUGUCCAUUGUAUUCAAGCGGAAUAAAGUAGACAAUCUUAAAAGCCUUGGGAGUAUUUUGAUUGGGUAAGUUCCAUGGAGGCUGGUGACAGGCAAGGUUGGCUGCAUUUAGAGGGUGACACAAGCAUUAAGGAACCUCUUUAUUUCCUGAUUGUGCAGCAGAUGACAUAAGGUAUUUAAGGAAUAAAUUGCAGUGUAUUGAAAGUUGCAUGUGGUCUCUUAAGCCUGCAGACAUUUGAUAUGGAGGUGUUUUGUUUUUUUAAAAAACCCACCAGGUAUACUGUUUUGUGCGUCUCAGAUCUGACAGGGCAUUAAAUAGCUUGCAUGGCUGGGGGUGGGGAGAGGGACAACUGUGCUGUGAUUCCAUUUUUGUGUGUUGAAUUUAAUGUCAAUAUACAGUGGUUCGGUGUUAGGCUGUAGAUAAUGCUGUUUUAGGCAGCACCAGCCCAUGUAACAUAAUGGGGAGAAUAUGGAUGGCUAGUCUGCAUUUGGGUCUUUCUCCUCCCUAGGGUCAGCUGAGAUCCCUGGGGUUACAUGAGAUCACCUUUCUGCUUUGUAAGGUUUUUAUAAAACUGUAAGUACUAACACUUCAUUUUGUGGCAGUGUUCUUACUGGAUUUGGGGUUUGGAAGAGGCAUUGCACUAUGCAUGGAUAUGUGUGUCUGUGUCGUGUGUGCGCUCUCUCUAUUUUUUUUCUUACUGCAAAGCAUUCCUUCUUUCUUUUCAGUUACAUUUUGUGCUGGAACUGUUUGCUAUAGCUCAAGAAACCCGAACAGAUAAUUGUUUAUGAUUCUUUGGAUGUUUCUGUAUAAUAUAUUCAAACAUUCUGUUCUCUGAGAGAUUUUUGAGGAUUGGGGUUUGUGUGUGUGUGUGUUGUGCCACCCACCCUCCCACCCCCUGCACAUGUAGGCCAUCCUUUUAAGCUGAAAAUGCAGAUUAUUAUAUUUUGAGAGCUGGUCUUCUUAGGAGGAGCUGGAAUCUGCUUCGUAGCUGAUUCUGAAUCAGUUCAUGGCUUUUAGGUCUUCUCGGAAAUAAAGCAAUUUGCUUUGUCUUCACUGGAAGUGUUACCCUAGGUACACAUAGGAUAUUGAUUUGUCUGUGCAAGUGUGAAAACGUUGACACAAACAUUUCCAGGGCCUACUUCUUCCUAGUUCACUGGGAUUACGUGUGGGUGUCUUGAACAAUGAAUUGCCAGUGCUAUCCGUUCACCACUGCUGCAGCAGAGGAAAUACUCCCCUCCCCCCCCCCCCAAAACCACCCCAACCCCAGUGUAAAUAGAAUACUAUUCCUGGAUCCAAAUAAUCCCAUGGGUGUGACCAACUACUUUGACACAUGUGUGAGACUUUUCCCAAUUUCCAUUCCAGUAGGAACUCUACUCUGCCUAGGAGAUGGUUCCUGAUGUUCUCCUGACUUUCAGAAAGGAGCCUGAGUUUUAGAAGCCCUUAACAUGGCCCAGGAUAUUAAUAAAUGGCAGAAGUAAAUUAUCCUUGGAGCGCUCCAUCAAUCUGAUAUUCACGCCAGGGAUGGGGGACCUGUGUCCCUCCGGAGGUUGCUUGGACUGCAACAUCCGUCAUCUCUGAUCCAGCAUAGUAGGCCUGAUGUUGUAGUCCAACACCACUGGAAGAGUUGCAGAUGUUGCUGGACUCCAACUCCCAGCAGCCUCGCCCACUAUUGCUAGUGAUGAGGAAUGAUGGGAGUUUAUAAUCCAACAGCAUAGAAUCGUAGAAUUGUGGAGUUGGAAGAGACCCUGAGAGUUGUCUAAUCCAACUCCCUGCAGAGCAGGAAUCUCAGCUAAAGCAUCCAUGACAGAUGGCUGUUCAACCUCUGCUUAAAAACCUUCAAUGAAUGAAAGUCUUACCACCUUUUGAGGGAGCCCAUUCUACUAUCGAAUGCUCUUACCAUCCAUCAGAAAGUUCUUCCUGAUGUUUAACAUCAGGAGGGUCAUGGGUUCCCUAUCCUUGUUGUUUGCCAGGGGUAGUCAAAGUGGUGCCCUCCAGAUGAUACUUAACUACAACUCCCACCAUCCCUUUCCAUGGGGCACCCUGGCCGGGGCUGAUGGGAGUUGCAGUCCAACAACAUGUGUAGGACACUGUGUUAGUUACCCAGUGUGAUGUUGUGUUGCAUUUGUACCUUGUUUUUUUAUGUACAUUGUACAUCACCUUGGUAUCCUUAUCUGAAGGGCAGUUGGGAAAUAUUUCUAAAUAAAUUCUUAUUUCAUUUAAACUGGUAACAUGCAUUGGCAAUUUCUGCUAGAGGGUUGAUGCACAUGUUUUGAUUCUUUUGAAGGUAUCUGCACACAGCAUGUACAUCAGAGUUGACAACCUGAAUGUGUGAAGCAGUUUGCACCAGGUUAUUGGUUCAAGGAAAUACCCCAAAUAGGGCUGGUGAAGCUGAGAAGUGUUCAAAAGCAAUGCAGUACUUGGGCGUUGAACCCUCUUCGGUUUGAACGUAUUAUGGCUUUUCCUCCUCCAUCUUUUUUCAGUUUUAUUUUGCAUUUCUUUAGAUAACCCACUUUGCUGAUGUGCAGAGUGACUUCUUGUUUGUUUGUUUCUCUUGAUGCUUCUGUAAUCACAACUGAAGCUAAAGAGAGGCAAAAUUUUCUGAAGUUUAAGAAUCCUAGACCCAAGUGGCAUGAACCUCAGCGGAAGCCCUGCAUAAAGUCUUCUUCUUGUUCAGGAGCCUUCCCCCACCCAAAUUGGCUUGGGCAGUGGUAAGAGAACCCCCAGAACAGUAUGUAGCGGUGUGGGGGGGGGGAGCAAAUCUUUUCAUUUGCAGGCAUAGAAUGUUUGCAACAGCACAACGUUCAAUUCCAACAAAGUUCUAGAAUACUCCUGACACUCUCAUUGCCUGAAAGCAUGGAACCUUUGAUGUUGGCAUCCAGGAAACUGAAAGAUUUCUUUAGCUCUUUAUAUGCAAGCAUCUAAAAACCACCACUGAAACCCCAGAAAUGGGUGCCUAGGAGUUGGGAGCAUGCAUUGCAGUGUCACAGCCUCACAAGCCUUGGAGGUCAAGCCCCACUGUGUAUUUCCCCCUACAUAUUAUGUUAUGUUGUUCUUCUAUAGUAGAAGGUUCCAGAUGCUAAGAACAUUGAAAGAGACCUGCUGGGUUUGGCCAAAGGCCUAUCUAAAUCAGUGCUCUGAGAGCCAGCGUGGUGUAGUUGUUAAGAGCAGUGGACUCGUAAUCUGGUGAACCGGGUUCGCUUCCCCGCUCCUCCACAUGCAGCUGCUGGGUGACCUUGGGCCAGUCACACUUCUCUGAAGUCUCUCAGCUCCACUCACCUCACAGAGUGUUUGUUGUGGGGCAGAAGGGAAAGGAGAUUGUUAAUCGCUUUGAGACUCCUUAAGGGGAGUGAAAGGUGGGAUAUCAAGUCCAAACUCCUCUUCUUCUUCUUCUUCUUCUUCUUCUUCUUCUUCUCACCUGGAUGCCCAUGAGCAGAGAUUUAGUCCAACAAGGCUCUCUCCACCCGAGGUCCCAAGCACAUGGUAUUCAGCGUCCUACUGCCUCCAACAGUGGAGGUGGAACAUAGUAAUCAUGGCCACUGGCCACUGAUAGCUUUAUCUGCCACAAAUUUGUCCAGUCUUUUAAAGCCAUCAGAGUUGGUGGCCAUCACUGCUUCUUAGGGCAGCAUUUCCAUACUUCCACACAAUUAUUAUUAUUAAUAUUAAUUAGCCAAUCUGGCUAGGUUUCCCCAGCCACUCUGGGUGGCUUCCAACAGAGAUUAAAAAUACAUUAAAACACCAGUCAUUUAAAACUUCCCUAAAUAGGGCUGCCUUCAGAUGUCUUCUAAAUGUCAAAUAGUUGUUUAUUUCUUUGACAUCUGCUGGGCGGGCGUUCCACAGGGCAGGUGCCACUACUGAGAAGGCCCUCUGCCUGGUUCCCUGUAACCUCCACUUCUCGCAGGGAGGGAACUGCCAGAAGGCCCUCAGCGCUGGACCUCAGUGUCCGGGCAGAAUGAUGGGGAUGGAGACACUCCUUCAGGUAUACUGGGCCGAGGCAGUUUAGGGCUUUAAAGGUCAGCACCAACACUUUGAAUUGUGCUUGGAAACGUACUGGGAGCCAAUGUAGGUCUUUCAAGACCGGUGUUAUGUGGUCUCGGCGGCCGCUCCCAGUCACCAGUCUGGCUGCCGCAUUGUGGAUUAGUUGUACUGUGUGUAGAAGGACUUCCUUUUUUCUGUCCCAAAUCUUCCAGUGUUCAACUUCAUUGGUUGACCACAGGUUCUAGCAUUGCAGCAAAGGAAGAAAAGUGUCUCUAUCCAGAUUCCACUUACCAUGUGUAAAUCUCGUACACCUCUAAUGUGUUCCCCUUUACUUGCCUUUUUUUCUAAGCUAAAAGGCCCCAAAUCUUCUAACCCUUCCUCACAAGGGAUUUGUCCUUUUCUGAACUUUUUCUAAAAAGGUAAAGGUAAAGGACCCCUGACAGUUAAGUCCAGUUGCAGAUGACUCCGGGGUUGUGGUGCUCAUCUCGCUUUACAGGCCGAGGGAGCCGGCGUUUGUCCACAGACAGUUUUUCCAGGUCAUGUGGCCAGCAUGACUAAGCCGCUUCUGGCGCAACGGAACACCAAAACCAGAGCAGCACACAGAAACACCAUUUACCUUCCCCCUGGAGCGGUACCUAUUUAUCUACUUGCACUUUUUGGCAUGCUUUCGAACUGCUAGGUUGGCAGGAGCUGGGACAGAGCAACAGGAGCUCACCCUGUUGCGGGGAUUUGAACCACCAGCCUUCUGAUCAGCAAGCCCAAGAGGCUCAGUGGUUUAGACCACAGCGCCACCCACUUCCCAGCUCUGCAAUAUUGUUUGCUCAGACCUGUACACAGCAUUCCAAGUGCAGGCUCGCCAUAUCAUCAUCAUCAUCAUCAUCAUCAUCUAUACCAUCAUUCAUCUAGAGAUCACAGAAUGGUUUGCAAUAUAAAAACACAAAAAUACAUACUUUUUAACGACAAACAAAAACAAUACCCCCCCGCAAGAGUAUUAUUAUUUAUUAAAUUUUUAUAUUGACAACUGCAUUCUCCAUCUCUGUUCUCACAAUUCUUCACAUGGAUCAUAAAAUCCCAGAGUUGGAAGGGAGCCUGAGGAUCAUCUGGCCCAACCCGCUGCAAUGCAGGAAUAUGCAGCUGUCCCAUACGGUGAUCAAACCUGUGACUUUGGUGUUAUUAGCAACACGCUUCACCUUUUCGCAGUUACGGCACACUGGACCUUUCUGUUUAUUCCACGGCUACUAAGCAUACUCAGGUGUCUUUGGUGAGGACUUCAUAAGCUUUGAUAUAUAUCUUUUCUUUUUGGCUGGACCACAACUCCCAUCAUCCCAUCCCUUUCAUUGGCCAUCCUGGAUGGGGCUCAAGGCGUCUUUUGUCAUCCGGAGGGCCAGAGUUUCCUCAGCCCUGCUACUUAAUCGUAAAAAGAUCCUUUUUAAAAAAAAAAAUUUUUUUUUUAACUUUAUUUACAACAUAGUCCACAACAACUCAUACAUACAAACAAACCCACCACUAUUGACAAUUUAAUCAUCAAAAUUAAACUCCUAUCCACGUACACAAAGAAAGCAUACCAUAAAAAUAAAAAGACUUCCUUUAUCCUGUAAAUGGCCUCCUUAUUUACUUUUUGUAUACUGUUUCUUUUGUAUGUGAUUAUUACAAUUUUUCUUAAUUGGAUCAGACCAAAGGUCCAUCUCAUUCAGCAUUGUAUUUCCAGCAUGGUCUGCCAGUUCCCAUCAUCCCUGACCACUGGUCCUGCUAGCUAGGGAAGAUGGGAGUUGUAGUCCAAAAACAGCUGGCGACCCAAGUUUGGGAAACCCUGCACUAGUGCAUCUAAUGUUCUUAAGUAUUCUGCAUCUGAACAUGGAAGUUCCAUUGAGCCACCGUUGCUCAAAUGUUGAGAGACCUCCUUCAAUUCCCACCCCCUGUUUUAAAGUCAUUUAUUUGAAGUUGAGAGAGACCCAUAGCACCCCAGUGCAACCUACAGGACAGUAAUAAGGUAGUCCCUCUUUCCCCCCAAGAUUACAAAGACACCAGAGGAAAGGAAAUCAGAGGAAACAAGCUAACCCAGGCACUAUAUAUUGUCUACAAACUUACUUUAGCCGGAAUCGAAACAGGAAGAGGAGCCCAAAGUUGCUACUGUCUCAGCAGAGCUGAUGGAGAGGCCCUUGUUUUCUUUCUUUCCCUCUAGUUACCAUACAGCCUGACGGAAUCUAAGCUACUGACCAUCAUUGCAUCCCUGAGAAAGUUCUCUUCUAGCUCUCUUCAGCACAAACCCCAGUUCUCUGUCCUCGAUUCCGUCUCUCCCAAGACAUAGCCCUCCCUGCUUGGUAGCUUGGCUUGAGAUGCUCAAAGUGCCCCUGCAGUCGUCUCCUCUUAUUGGCUAUGACAGAUGAUGGGGAAGAUGAACGAACGUGAAGUCUCCUUAUUGCAGUGCUUCUCGAACUUUUUUCCUCUGGGCCGCACUUUCAGAAUAAAAAUUUGCUCGCACCACACCCAAUUUUUAUAUUGAUAAGAAAUAACAUUGGAAAACGAAAAGAAACAACUAGCAAUGCUUGAUUCAUAGCAUGGAACACAGCUACUUUAUAGUAUGAUCACGGGACAGCCAGAAAGUAUGAAACAACGCAGAAUCAUCCCCCCAAAAUAAUUAUAAAUGAGGCUCUUAUACAUGGACUUUAAGGUUCUAUAAACUCAGUGAGAGGUAUGAGCUUGCUUUUGCCGGGUAAUCUCAUUUAUAUUAGGUCUAAUUUGAGACAAACUCUCAUCUCCUCAUCAACACAAAUGGGCCUUUCUCUUUUCUGAUCUUCCAUAUUUGUUGGGAGUUGAAAAUUCCUGUGUUGUGGAGAACUUUCAUAGAAUAGCCAGUGCUCUGGAAGAGAGCUGUGGAUACUGGUUCUAGUUGUAUAUCCCUGCUGCAUUGAAAUGUUUAAAUGUUUCUUGGAUUGUCCUUGAAUCUUCCUGCCACACUUUCCAUCCUCUCCUGCCACACCCUUUGAGAACCAUUGCUCUGUUGGAACACAUCCGUAGCAUACAUUUAAAUUACAUGGCUUUCCCCCAAGGAAUUCUGGGAACUAUAGUUAGCUAAGGGUGCUGUAAACCAUAACUCUGGGAGGGGUAAGCUACAGUUCCCAUGAUUCUUUGGGGAGAAGCGGCAUGCUUUAAAUGUAUGAUGUGCAUGUGACCGUGCAUUUGGCGCAUGCAUAAAGCCACCUCCCCCUCCCCCAGCUUAAUUGUUUUCCUGUUCAUUUCACUCAGUAUCUGAAUUAUUUGAGAGGCUUGUGCAAUUUAUUGACCAGAACUUGGCUGCCCCUGUAUGUAUUUAUUUAGGGGGGAGGGAAACUGUAGACCCCUUAAUCAGAAAACUUUCUUGAGUGUUGCACAUAAUAAAAUUAUCAAUGAAACACAUAUAUUUUCAGCCAGAUGUAGAUAACUUAAUUAUAUGUCUGAGUAGGCUUGAUGAUAAUGCAUCACUGGUUAAGAUUUAAGCCGCAGUCAGUUUUAUAUAAUGACGGUGUUGCUUUGACUGAGGAUGUGAGUCACAGACUCCAAGACUGCAAGGCAUGUUGAAGGCAUGCAUCAGGCAUAGGCCCAAACAGCAAUGUUGCCUUGGGUCCUGUCAAGGAAGAAGGUGGGGUAUAAAUAACUAUAUAAUAGUGUUAAACCCUUGUAACUCCUCCCUUUUCCUGAAUUCCUGCAGCAACUUUAAAAAGGCCCAUGUCUUUCAGAAGUUAGUGGACACCCAUCCCAUCAUCCCUGACCGUUGGCUGUGCUGGCUUUUAGUUGAUGGGCUGUGGAGACCAAUAAUUUGUGGAGGGCAUUGACUACUAGGCCACCUGUACUUUAGGAUCUGGAGAUGCUUACUAAACCAAGUUCCAUUGAGGGCUAGCAGUAGGCAUCAUCGUUCAGUCCAUGUUCUGAUGCAGGAGUUUCCCAGGGGUCUCUGGAGCGUCUCAUUGGGGACUUUUGGAUCUAGUUCCAGAGUUAAGUGUCUUGCUUCAUGCCCAACACAUGCGGAGAGCAGCUGUUACAUGCAAGUAAGAAAUGGAUAUUUGUUCAGGCAAAUAAUGGUGCAGGUUUGGCACAGACACAGAGUUUGGGAGUCAUGAUUCAGGAAUCACGCAAGACAUUCAGAACUGGACGGAAGCAACGAAGAUGUCUCAACAGCUUCCAUGACUUGCUCACCAAGCUUUUAGAGACAAGGCAUGGCGUGCUCACUCAAGAGACUCGCUCAGUUUGCAAGAAUGCCAGGGUUGCAAAGUGUGUGCUUCAGGAGUGUGUCCCGAUUGCAGAAAUGGCACCUGGUUCUAGUCAGCAAUGCUGCACCCUUUUGUUCGGGCUGAUGAAGAUGACACUUCCUGAGUUACCUUCUCUCUGGGUUGCCUACAGGCUUAGCCUCCACUGAGACUUUCCUCUCUGUUGGGGAGAGGAGUGGGCAUCCCUGCUCCCCUUUCCAAAGUGGCUGAAGUUGAGGCACAAUGAGCAGAGCCCCUCUUCCCAUCAAAUGCUCCACCCUCUGUUUCUUCCCACUACUGCCCUUGUGUCGGGGCCUGCAAACCCAGGAAUGAUAGUCGUAUCCAAGAGGCACUACUGCAAGGUAGCCUCUGCCCCGAUCCACUGUCCCUCUUUACACUGUCUCAUUGGGAAUAAAGACAACUUCAUCCUUUGAAGCAGAGUCUGCAAGGCCAGCAGGAGAUUAGGACAAGGGUUAACCACGUUGCAUCCUGGAAUUUCAGGGGAGGCAGGAAAUGAUGUAGACACAGGCCAAGUGAAUGUCUGGUUGCAAUCUGUCGAGGGUGAUCAUAAGCAGUUGUGUAUAUAAAGCUCUGCCUCACAGCUGGCUUUCGUAAUUCUGUUCCUGAGGGAGAAGGUGGAGCUGGUCCAAGAAGGUUUGCAACAGACUUUGCUCCUAUUCUUUCUCUCUGCGCAAGUUUGUGAUUUGAUCAUCCUCAAGGGCGAUUUCGAAAAGCAUAGUUAAGGGGCAUUGAGAAGACGCCAAAAAGAAUUGGGUUAAAGAGGCAGCCCUCUUUUCCAAGCUGCGUUUUGUCACGAAGCUAUUGGACUUGAAUCCAUCAAACUACACAGUGCAGUGCAAACACCGCAGUUUCCCAAAUGAAUUAGCCAGACUGUCAGCAUUGGGCUGUUGGCAACAAACAUAAGCAAAUCUGGAUUCCUAGGUAGAUGGUCUCUCUGUAGGAUUGGACGGUGGUGUCCCCAGAAUCUGCCAAGGGUGAUUUGUCAAGAAGCCAGAAUCUUAAAUGCCUGCAGGGUUGAAGCAUUGUGCAGAGGCUACAGUUGCAUCAUACACAAACCAGAAAAAGAGACGCAAGGUUGAGGGCUAAACAACAUGUGGCAUUUAUUUUAUGGACGCGGUAAACAUGCAUUUUCUCUCUCUUGAAUGUAAAUGGCAGCUAUAGGCUGAGGAACGCUUGGGCCUGUGCUGGGACUGUUUGUCACCUUACUCUGUAGUGCUGUUGAAAAUCCCUACUCAAACCCCUCCAUCUGAAUGCUCCCAUCGCUUCCUGGAGCAUUUUAACAGAGAUGGUAUAUAUGCAUUGUGCCACAUUGCUUUAAAUGGUUUUUCUUUUAAAAAAGAAAAAGGGAACUCUUGGACCACCCCAUAAGUAAUGCAUUUUUGCUGUUGCCAGAGCGUGCAUUGAUAGAUUCACCUUUGUUCUGAUGUUCAUGGGUCAGGGGAGGCGGCUGAUGCAGGCAUGUUGACUCCAGAAAUGAGAGCGAAUGGCUUCCUUCUCCCAUUCCUUGCAUGCCAGAAGAUUCCCAAUUGGCCUUGACCUGCCCUCCGCAUGUCUUUGACUGCAACUCCCAGCUGUGCUGGCAGCCAACGGAUGGGUGUUGUAAUCCGAAGCGUCUGUAGGCGUAAAGUUGGGAGAAGGCUGGUUUUGACCCGACUCCGAUCUAGGUGCAAUUUAAGAUCCUUGCUCUUCCUCCUCAUCGUUUAACACCACAGGUAGGUGUGUUCUGUAGUCACAACCCAUUAGCAAACGUAUUACUGGCUGCAGAGAUGGGCAAAUAGAGACUGAAGAGAAAAGGAGGGAAAUGCUAGUUAAAUGCUCGCUUUUAUCGUUUUCAUAAAAUAUGCAUUUGUGUGAUAUCAGCUCUGGCUGGCUUGUGGUUUUGGAGGAGAGCAAUGGUACUUCUGUAAGGUGGUGAAAAGGGAUGAGUGUUCGAUAAAAUCCAUUUCCCCCUUCCCUGCCCCCUGCCGCCUCCUCCAAAACUAUAUGGGCUGAUUUACACAGCUCCCUUGACAUGUCAGGAAGUGAGCUGAAUCAAUCCUGGCUGAGUUAGUGAGCUUGAUUGUUUUCAGUGAUUCACCAAGAAAUCACAUUCAAGAUGGCCAGGAGGGGUGGAGUGGGGUGGAAUCACCAGGAUAUGUUUUCCUGAUACAUGCAGCUUUCCCCUGAACUUGGAACUUCUUGACCUGGAAUCGUUUUAAUUCCUCUUUUAACUAUUCUAAAUGCUGUUUAACCAGCUUCUUUCAUUGCGAUUUUCCCCCCAUUGCAAUUUUACUUAUUAAAUUUAUGUCUUGCCCUUCUUCCCAAAGGAGCCCAGUGACAAAAGAUUAACAACAAACAUCUUAAAGAUAAUUUCAGUACAGAUGCAGUCCUGGGAAAGAUCUCGGCUGAAAAGUCUUGAUGAAGUUUUAAUUAUGGACGCUUUGAACUUUUUGGUGGAAUUGUUUUAUUGUGUAUUUUAAUUAUAGAUUAUACACCUGCUUGUGGGGUAGAAGAGCUGCAAAAUAAAUCUCACAUCUGGCAACCAGUGUGCCCCUUUGGUUUCAGAUAGUACAUGGGUAGAGGAGUCUAAGAAGCCUGGGACACAAAUUUUUCAUGGCCCUCUAGUGGCUAUGCUGGCUCUUUUACCAGAAGUAAUGUAUCUGGAAAUGUUUACUCAAUUCUGACCAAACUAAGCCUCCUAAUGUAUAUCAUGUUCUAGGAGGCUAAGUUUAGUCAGAAUCGAGCGAAAUAUAUUGACAUUAUUUUCAGUUCCUCCUACCCCACUAUGACAGCUUCCUAGGUUCCUAUAUACAGUCAUACAGCCACUUCAGGUUGCGUUUUUUCGGGUUGUGGACCACUGAAACCCAGAAAUACCGGAAUGGGUUACUUCCGGGUUUCAGCAGUCACACAUGCGCAGAAGCAUUAAAUCUCGCUAUGUUCAGAAGCGCCGAAUCGCAACGUGCGCAGAUGUGGGUUGCGAACACUGCGGGUUGUGAACGUGCAUCCCGCACAGAUCACGUUCACAACCUGAGCGUCCACUGUACUGUAUUGUGUUUUCUUUUUGGAUGCUACAGUUGUCAGUGGGCCCAGAAGGCAGAAUUCCCUGAACCCUGUGUUCCUGGGUUUUUAAAUCUCUUUCCUUGGAGAAAUCUAGGACUGCCCACAACUAGGGACAAUUGAAAUGUUGCUUACUUCCAGCCAAAGGGUGUGAUUUUUAAAAAGCUCCAUACCGUGUACAGCGUUCCAACUCCAUGCAAUUUUUGGCAUUUGCCUAGUCCCAUGCUUUAAUUAUUUAGCUAACUCUUCAGGGCUUUCAUCCUUGAAUUAUCUUGGAAUCUGUGGAGCAACACUUUUAAUAGAAUUUGAAUUUGGGGUUGUUGUUUUAAAAUAAAAAAUAAAAUAAAAACCCCUCCAGGAAUGGCUGGCUUGUGGCUGCUUAAAAGGAUAUUAUUUCAUAGAGGAGUUUUUUUAAAAAAAGAAAAAUAUAUAUUUUGUGCAUCUUAAACUGAGUUCGUGCUUCAGCAAAUGUAAUUAUGAUAAUCUAGCUUUUGCAAUAAUCUCUGAAGAAGAUAAGAUGCAUAUCCAUUUGCAGCAACUCAGCUGAGCGAAAUCUUUUCACUAUUUCAAGAUUAGUGACUGGUCUCAGCAGUUUGCCUAAUUUAAAGGCAAUAAAUAAGAACCCAUGAACUUUUGGAAGAAAGUGCCUUGGUUUGGCGAGGUUUGUAUUGAAAAGAUUUAGAAAUUGGAUAUAGGGAUAAUAAGUGGAUAAAAAGUCACUUGUUCGCUGUUAACAGGGCUUUUGAGUCAUUGGUUUGUGAAUGCUAGUGAUCCCAGCAUUUUGUUUUGCCAUGUGAAUUAUGACUUAAGGCAAUCUGAAUGCCUUUGGUAUUCAGCUUAUUUUACUACAUACUUACGAUAGAUAUAAAGGGACGCGGGUGGCGCAGUGGGUAAAACCUCAGUGCCUAGGACUUGCUUAUCGUAAGGUCAGCGGUUCGAAUCCCCGCGGCGGGGUGAGCUCCCGUCGUUUGGUCCCAGCUCCUGCCCACCUAGCAGUUCGAAAGCACCCCUAAGUGCAAGUAGAUAAAUAGGUACUGCUUUAUAGCGGGAAGGUAAAUGGCGUUUCUGUGUGCUGCGCUGGUGCUGGCUCGCCAGUUGCAGCUUUGUCACGCUGGCCACGUGACCCGGAAGUGUCUUCAGAGCGAGAUGAGCGCGCAACCCUAGAGUCGGUCACGACUGGCCCGUACGGGCAGGGGUACCUUUACCUUUACCUUUAUGAUAGAUAUAAAGAGAUUUCAUAGCUGGGGUUUUUUGUUUUGUUUUGCUUUAUACUAGCCUCCUUGUUAUGUUUCAACUGUAUCAAAAGUGACUUUAGUGCAUUCUCAGUCGGUUUUCGGUUCGGUAUUGGAUCACUGCAUUAGGUCGAUACAGAGGUGCUGUGAAAUUAACACUGUAGGCCCAAACUGGAAUUAGAAUUACAUUCUGUGCCUCCGCAUUUCUAGAGUUGUUGAAUUGCCUCCAGCGAUGACUUCCUGUUGGGUUUUGGUUUCUGUGCUUUUACUAGCUCUCAAUUAAAUCCUCUUGAUUUCUCGUGUAUAUUUUGGGGCUAUUGUGGGCAUAUUAGCACAGUAGUACAGAGAUGAUGUACCUGGGCAUCCGUAAGAGAGUUCUUAACACUCUUUGCACCCUGGCACUCCCUGGGGGUCAAUACGAAGACUGAUUCAACUGGGAUCUGUAUCACUAGGAUUAAAUUCAGCCUUGAAUAGCCAAAUGGAUGGUUAGCUGCCGGCACCUGCUGAAUAUGGAAAAGUAGGACUCUGCUGUCUCUUGUGUAAAGGUCCAAGGCACAGACGUGGAAUGACAGAUACUAUAGGUCAGGUAUGGGGAGAUAGUUAUCUCUCCCACCCCUCAUGGGCCAAGCUUGAAAAGUGGGCAGAGCUGCCUACCUAUCAGUCACAGUGACAUACCCUAGAGCAGGCAUAUCCAGCUCCCAAGAGACUGUGAUCUACUCCCAAUAUAAAAAAAAUGGCAGUGAUCUACCCAUUGUCAUUGGAGGGAGGAGGAGCGUGCAUGGAGUGGGUGGAUUGCUCAGAGUUGUUGACCUUUUUUGGGGAGGAUUGCACAGCACAGUUUUUUUAGCUCCCCCCCCAAUAACUUUCUGUACACAAUAAGGACCCCGUGAUCUACCAGGAUCAGCUGGGGAUCUCCCGGUAGAUCACAAUCUACUGGUUGGACAUCCCUGUCCUAGAGGUCCAAGAUUUGGAGAGCAAAUGGCAGUUAACAUGCCCACUCUGUAAUUCUUGCCUUUGGUUGACUGCUUCCAGACAUGCCGCUAUCCAUGAACAGGAAGCUAGCCCGUUCACAAGCUGGGUGUUGGUGCAUGCAGCUCAUAGCUGUCAACUUUUCCCUUUUCUUGCGAGGAAUCCUAUUCGGAAUAAGAGAAUUUCCCUUUAAAAAAGGGAAACGUUGACAGCUAUGAUGCAGCUUGAGUAGUCCUUGCUUUGCUCUCCCUUCCUAGAAGGGAAGCCAAGAACAGACCUUGGUUUCCAAUCAUGGUUUGCCUUGAGAAGAGCAAACUACAAACACUGGUUUGCACAUAACACUGUGGUUUGUUUCCCCUUUAUAAGAAAGGAGCAAAGGGCAAGGUGCUUGAGCUGUGUGCAUAACCAUCGUUUAUGGCCAGCGUUACGUGUGAAUGAAGCCACUGGCGACUUGGGCUGCUGGUUCUGAAACACAGUUUUGGAGGUACAUGGAAGACUUUCCUGGGAAUUUCCACCCUGUAGGCUAUCAUGUUUUUAUAUCCCACUAUAAUUUUUUGGCUAUCCAUCAAGAAGGAGCAGCAAGGGGAAGAUUUGGUACUUCUGUGAAACUCUUUCCACCCCUUUUUCUUGUAGGCAGAAAGCCUGACCCUCUGUGAAAGAAUUCCUGACUGUUCUUGAAGAUGUAUGUCUAUUCAGUCAUGUUUCCUUCUGUGUUCAGAACUGAAAAUCGAAUGCAUUUUUUUAUAUUAAGUGUUGCCCGUCAUUAUUUGUUUUUUUCCCCCUGAUCAAGAGUUUUCCUUUUGAAUUUUUCUCUUGCACGAGUUGCCAUUUAUCUGUAGACCUGCGGGUGUGUCCCCUCUGUUAAAAUUCACUUUCCCCCCUAGCCCUGGGGAGGGUCUCUGCUUUGAGACUAUCCACCUGCAAAGUGAGUGGGGAGGGGGAGAGAAGCAGUUUCCCCAGUAAAUAGCAAAUCCCCCCCCCCAAUCUACAACAUUCUAACUUUAUAUUACCUGGAUAUUAAACUGAUUCCCACAUAUUACCAGAUUCAGAAUUGUUUAUUUGUGUCUCAUCACCAGACCAUCACAAAGCUAGAACUAAACAAAAGGGUGCUUCGUAUCUGUAAUGAAAUUAACAAAAUGUAGAAUGAAUAAUAAUUUCACAAACCUAAGUAAGAUUGUAUAAAACUGUCAACACACCUAAAAUAUUGAAUCUUCCUAGCAAAGAGGCAGCAUUAAAUCAGUGUGUAUGGUGCUGGGCAGAUAAAGCUUUUUUUAGCGUUAAGAAGAUAGGCUCUUCAUGUUCCACUAGAACUUUAAUGAUGCCAUAUAUGCUCUAAACUCGGUGGAAAAUGUGAAUGGAAUGUUUUGAUGGAACUCCAUAACAUUUUCUUGACGCUCUGUGCCUGUUCUCUUCCAUGCUACAUCCAGUACUGCUAUGAUAACUGAGAUACUGAUCUUUUGUGGAUGAAAUGCCCUGGAGUUUUGGUAAAUAACUAGCACUGACAUACUUUGCUCGCCUCUUAUCCCUGUUAUUGAAUUUAUAUACCACCCUAUACCCGGAGGUCUCAGGGCAGUUCACAUAAAAAUAUCACAGUAUAUAAAAUAAAAAUAAAAGCAAUAACCCAAUAAUACCGCCCCCCAAAAGAGCCACAUUUUAAAAGGGUAUGGGAUGUUGAUCAGGUCAACCAAAGGCCUGAUUAAAAAGGAAAGUUUUUGCCUGGUGCCUAAAGGUGUGUAAUGAAGGCGCCAGGCGGACUUCCCUGAGGAGAGCAUUCCACAGACAGGGAGCCACUGCAGAGAAGGCCCCGUUCUCAUGUUGCCGCCCUCCGGACCUCUCAAGGAGGUGGCACACGAAGGAGGGCCUCAGAAGAUGAUCUCAGGGUCUGGGUAGCUUCAUAUGGAAAGAGGCAGUCCUUGAGAAGAAAGGUUUCCCUUGCAAUUUGCUUAAAAAGCAAAAUUGUUCCCUUACUUGCAAGUCCUCAAAGUAAUUAGAAAUCCUUCAGAAAGUUUGUGUAAGUUUCUUGGCAGAACGAAACAACUUUAGUGGGCUUCAUUUUCCACCGGUGUGGGUAUUUUUUGCAUGUUAAAAAUCACAGUACUGAUAGGAAACAUUUCUGUUCAUUUUGUAGAUUUGCUUCUAAGCCAUUAACGUGACCAUGGGAGAUAUGAAGACCCCGGACUUUGACGACCUCCUUGCGGCAUUUGACAUCCCAGAUAUGGUUGACCCUAAAGCUGCUAUUGAGUCAGGACACGAUGACCACGAAAGCCACAUCAAGCAGAAUGUGCAUGCUGAUGACGAUUCUCACGCACCGUCGUCGUCCGAUGUUGGCGUCAGCGUCAUUGUGAAAAACGUGCGGACGAUUGAUUCCUCUGAAGGAGCGGAGAAGGAGGGUCACCCCUCUACAGGCAAUGGCUUGCAUAACGGGUUUUUAACUGUUUCGACUCUAGAUGGUUACAAUAAAGAAGACUGCAAAUCUCACAAAGACGAGGGCUCUGUUUCUGAGACAACACUGAAAGAGUCUACCUUCAACCAAUUUAGCCCUAUCUCAAGUGCUGAAGAAUUCGACGACGAUGAAAAAAUUGAGGUGGAUGACCCCCCUGAUAAGGAAGAGAUGCGUGGGAGCUUCAGAGCAAACGUACUGACGGGGUCCGUCUCCCAGCAGGAUUAUGAGAAAUUAAAGGUACUUGGAGGGGAAAACCUGAUGAAACCUGGAAUUGCAGGUUCCGGUAAUGCCGAUAAAAAUAAACUUGUUAAAAGAGACUCAGAAACAAACUCUACGCCUUUGGGUAUGUACGAACCCUUUAAAGCGAGAAAAACAGAUGAUAAGCUACACAAAGAAAAUCCCGAAAAGGUACAUGAAAACCGGGUACUUGAUGGGAAAAUAGGCACCGAGAAAGCGGAAGCAAACCUCACCAGUGUUUCACAGUCGAAAGCAAAGUCAUCAGCAAAACUCUCCUCGUGUAUUGCUGCCAUCGCGGCACUUAGUGCUAAAAAAGCAGCAACAGACCCUGUUAAAGACCCACCGUGCACUUCAAGAGAGCCGUCUCCCUUGCCAAAAGAUAUGAAUGAAAGCCCUAGGGCCAUUGACAAAUCACCUGAAUCUCAGAGUCUCAUUGACUGUGCUAAGAAACCCUCCGUUAAGCAACCUGACAGUCCCCGGAGCGUAUCGAGCGAAAACAGCAGCAAAGGGUCUCCGCCGUCGCCCGCAGGCUCGACACCAGCAAUCCCGAAAGUCCGCAUCAAAACCAUCAAGACGUCGUCUGGCGAAAUCAAGAGGACGGUUACGAGAGUGUUGCCGGAAGUUGAUUUGGACGGUGGCCGCAAAGCAGAACAAACCGCUUCCAUGGUGGCGUCCAUGACUUCUCUGCUCUCCUCCCCAACUUCCGCCGCAGUCCUUUCUUCUCCCCCUCGGGCACCCCUUCAGUCGACGGUCGUCACCAACGCCGUUGCGUCCGCAGAACUCGCCCCGAAGCAGGUCACCAUUAAACCCGUGGCUACAGCUUUCCUUCCAGUGUCGGCUGUUAAGACAGCAGGAUCCCAAGUUAUCAACCUGAAGCUCGCGAACAACACGACGGUGAAAGCCACCGUGAUAUCUGCUGCUUCGGUACAGAGUGCCAGCAGUGCCAUUAUCAAAGCUGCCAACGCCAUACAGCAGCAGACUGUGGUGGUGCCAGCGUCCAGCCUUGCCAGCGCCAAACUCGUGCCAAAGACAGUCCAUCUUGCCAACCUUAACCUACUGCCUCAAAGCGCUCAGGCCACCUCUGAACUCCGCCAGGUGCUCACCAAACCUCAGCAGCAGAUCAAGCAGGCAAUAAUCUCUGCGGCGGCUUCGCAGCCUUCGAAGAAGGUGUCCCGAGUCCAGGUGGUGUCGUCUUUGCAGAGCUCCGUGGUCGAGGCUUUCAACAAGGUGCUCAGCAGUGUUAACCCCGUCCCUGUUUACAUCCCGAACCUCAGCCCCCCCGCCAACGCGGGCAUCGCUUUGCCCCCGCGUGGCUACAAGUGUUUGGAGUGCGGAGACUCCUUCGCCCUGGAAAGGAGCCUGACGCAGCACUACGACCGGAGGAGCGUGCGGAUCGAGGUCACCUGCAACCACUGCACAAAGAACCUUGUUUUCUACAACAAGUGCAGCCUCCUCUCCCACGCCCGCGGGCAUAAGGAGAAAGGGGUGGUGAUGCAGUGCUCCCACUUGAUUCUGAAACCCGUCCCGGCGGAUCAAAUGAUAGCUUCUCCGACGAGCAAUAGUGCUGUCGCCUCGUCCGUCCUUCAGAGUUCCAUCGGGAUGGGCGCCCAUACUGUUGCCAAGAUACAGUCCAACAUCACCGGAGCAGUCAUCUCGGCUCCUGCAAGCACGACUGUCCCUCCAGCCAUGCCCCUGGACGAAGACUCGCCAAAGCUGUGCAGGCAUAGCUUGAAGUGUCUGGAGUGCAACGAAGUUUUCCAGGACGAGACGUCUCUAGCAACGCACUUCCAGCAGGCUGCAGACUCAAGCGGACAAGUACAGUAUCUUAUAUUUAAAUUCCAAUGUUCCUGGUACUAUGCAAAGGAGAUUGAGAUGUGCUUCCUCCCCCUCCCCUUUAUAAAUGUGUGUUUUCCUUGGCAUCCUUUUUUUGGGUCAUAACUUUUAUUUUUUAAGUGGCAAAAGAUUGAGAAAAGUAAAUUUAAAGUGGGCUGGGAGGGAAGCAAAAAACGGCUUUUUGAGAAGAAAAGUGCUCAUAGGAAUUCCUAAGUAGUCCUUAAGCUACUUAAACAUAAUAACGAGGCAAAGUAUUUCAACUGUUAAGUGUUCCAUAGCCUGGCGCCUUCAGAAGUUGUUGGACUUCAGAAGUUGUUCAGCUCCAGCCAGCAUAGCCUGUGGUGGGAUAGGAGUUAUAGUUCAAAUUUGGAAGGUACCAAGUUGCGGGAGACUGCUAUGAAACAGUUUUCUGCAUGCUGGUGGAGAGAUUCAAAUUUCAAGGGUUCCGGUUAAAUGCUCAGCUGUGAAGGAGGCCAUUGAGGUUACUGGUGUGUUACUUUUCUGGGGUCUGGAAGCAGCAUGGUUCCUGAUAGAGAACUUUUAGUCCAUAUGUCUUCCUGCAUGUAGCACUCUCAUACAGACUUUGUUUUUCUAGUGGUGAGUGUGCACAUGCACGAACAUGCGCACACACAUGUUCUGUAUCUAUCCUGAUCUGCUCCAGAAAUAAUCUGGAGGCAUCUAGAAAAGACUCCGGAUUGUGUUGGGUUUCAUCAGUCCCCGUCCCCCCCCCCCCGUAAUCAACUUAAUUUGCAUUUUCCAAAAUGGUAUCAGAAACAAAACACAGUUAUCCAAGUUUUGCAUUUUGCUUCUUCGGCCAAGUUAUGUAUACAAAAAAUGCAUAAACUAGGCUAAAAUGUGCCUAAGAUGUGCAGAUAGAUAGAUAGAUAGAUAGAUAGAUAGAUAGAUAGAUAGAUAAUGAUGAUAGAUAGAUAGAUAGAUAGAUAGAUAGAUAGAUAGAUAGAUAGAUAGAUAGAUGAUGGAUAGAUGGAACCUAUAAAAUGCAUUAUAUUUGCAAAUUGCUUUGCAAAAAUCAUGUGUCACAUAGAAUUGUAUACAGAAAUGUGGCUAUUAAGUGGAAUUCACACUAAGAUGCUGGACAUAUGUGUGUAUAUAUGUGUGCAUAUAUACACACAGAGAGAGACAGACAUUUUGCAAACUGAUGUGGAGAAAUUGCAAUUAGGACUGGGAAAGUGAAAUUGAAAGGUUCAUGGUCAUCCUUAUGUGAAAUUGAAAGGUUCAUGUAAAAUGGAUUUUGUUGAAUUGCUACCCUUUUAAUAAUUUGCCAGUUGACAGACACAAUCUUUGCUUUGUUCCCCGCCCGCCACCCCCACCCCCCGUAGUUAAAUUUCCUGCAUGAAAUUUUCUUACCAUAUUGGGCGCUUGCCUUCUGAGCUUUGUUAAUGUGUGAAGUCCAUGGAAAGACAUGCCCACCAUGGUUUGCAAGCCUGUGUCAAAAAUACUGGUGAAAAGUGGUGAUUAAUAGGUCUCAUUUUCUGCUCCAUGGUAGCCUGUGUGCUUAACACUGCUUUUCAUAUACAGUCAAACCUCAGUUCCACUCAGUGGAAGCUGCGUUAGACGUUCGGCUUCCGAAAAAUCUUCUAAAAAACCGGAGCAUUUACUUCCGGUUUUUCUGCAUUUGGGAGCCGAAACAUUCCAAAAUGGAGCCGUUUGGGAGCCAAGGUUUGAUUGUACUUACUGGCUGCUAAAGAUUUAUCGUUCUUCCCCGGUGGCGGUCUGUGUAUUUUACUGUAGCUGCAAAGAUACAUAGCGUAGUAUCAAAGUAAAGCACAGGCAUGGUCUGUCCCCAAAAAUAUAGUUUUGCAAAAAAAAUGAAAGGUUGGGAAGUUUUUUAAAAAGAACCAAUCGAGCUAAAACAGGCCAGCUAUUACGUAUUAAUAUUUAAGUCCUUCGUAAGCAUUGGUCGAGCUGUGAUGCCAUGGAAUUUUGACAAACAUUUUAACUGCUCAUGUAAAAUUUAGAAGAAAGAAGCCUCGGGACAGAAAAGGCUGUAUACUGUUGGAUAGAAGGGGUGCAGAGAGUUUAGAUGUGUGAGCCAGCAUGAACUUCUGGUGUCCUGUUUCUGCUCAUGAGUAUUCGCUCCCCUUUCUGGUGUGGGGCGAAAUGAAAUGAAAUUCUCUUAGGGAUAGUUCCUCAGGAUUCCCUCUUGUGCUGUUGGGUGUGGAGAGGCGAAGAGAGCUGCUUUCAGGACAAGCUGAAUAGGAUGAACCUGCCUGCACAUUUUUCGCAGUAUAACAUGGUUAUCUGCAGAGUGGAGCAGCCCAUUGCUUGGGCAGCCAUGCCAAACUCUGCACAUAUGAUCCUUUAGGGCUGAUUCCACUCUUAAGGUACACGUCUGUGACAGAUAUUACAGCCAAUAAGACCUUGCUGGCACCCUCUGUCAAAACGGUUAAAAAGCUUCCAAAUCUUGCCAUUUCUUCUAGUGUCCUUUAUAAAACAACACAGUUCCUCUCAAUAUGUGUGCAGCUUGACCUGACGUUUAUCCCCCAACCCUAUAGUUGUUCUGCCCUUCCUCCUCUCUCUGCGAGGGAUGGCAUCUCUAAGGAAACCUUUAGGAUCUUUGCCUAAUAAGAGAAAUGAGGAGUGAAACCUAAAGAAUGGCACCAAGACGCACACAGUUUCAGUACAGUGGUACCUCUGGAUACAAACGGGAUCCGUUCCGGAGCCCCGUUCGUAUCUAGAAGCAAACGUAACUAUCGACGGCACGUCUGCACAUGCAUGCGUCACUUUUCGCUGCUUCUGCGCAUGCGCGUGACGUCAUUUUGAGUACGCAUGUGCAAGCUGCAAAACCCGGAAGUAAUGCGCUCCGUUACUUCCGGGUUGCCGUGGAGCGCAACUCGAACACGCUCAACCCGAAGCGCAUUCAUCCCGAGGUAUGACUGUACAGUGGUACCUUGGUUGUCAAACUUGAUCCGUUCUGGGAGUGCAUUCGACUCCCGGAACCGUUUGAAAACCAAGGCGCAGCUUCCAGUUGGCUGCAGGAGCUUCCUGCAACUCAAUCGGAAGCUGCAUUGGACGUUCGGCUUCCAAAGAACAUUUGAAAACCGGAAAACCACUUCCGGGUUUUCGGCGUUUGGGAGCCGAAACGUAUGAGUACCAAGGCAUUUGAGAACCAAGGUACGACUGUACUGGUUUUGGAGCAGUGGUUUACAGCAUUGUUCUCACAAGCCCUGUUUGAGCAUUCAGAUGAAUGUGUGAAGGCUAACAUUUUGUGGUUGGGGGGUGGGGCCAUGUGCACUGGCUUCACCCCCAUGAAACCCCACCUCCCUUUCUCCUGACUGUAUCUUUCUGUGUUGCCCAUAACAGACAGAAGGGGGAAUCUCACAGUGUUUAGCUAAAUGUAGUUGAAAUCGCCCCUUGCGUCCGGGUGAUCGCUUGGAGGAUUCUGUCUGUGGCCACAUGAAUGAGUUAGAAUUUCCCUGGAGAUUUUUGUGCUCCAUGCAAAGAAAGGUUGGAAGGGGAGGGGACAGGAUGGUGUUGCAUACAGAUCUUGGAAGUGGGGAUGGCAUCUGUACCCUUGCACCUCUGCACAGUUUGAGUCCUCCUGUGUUGUUGAAGAAGGUUACUGCUCUCACCUUUCCAGGAGAUCAUAGAUUAUGCGUCAGUCAGAGAGAGGGGAUAAAUACCUCCCCUGAAAGGCUCCCUCAUGACCCAUAUUCUCCAGAAGAAGGGAUGUGCAUUCAUCCAGUAUUGUAAAAGUUUGUGGGAAAGAGUUUGUGAGUUGUACUAGCUAGAUCUGCUGCUUCUGUUUGGGUUCUGAGCUCAGGUUAUGGUGCUAGUAAUAUUUGUUCAUUUUAUUUCAUUUAAAACAUUUCUGUGCUGCCUGUCCCCUUGAGGAAGGAUACCUAUUUAAAAAGCGCACACACCAGGCAGUAUCAUAACACAGUAUAAAAUUUGGCUGCACCAGGCAGGACUAAAACCGGAAUUAGAUAUUUGCAAAAGCACAGUUAAAUAAGUAGGUUUUAAGGAGGCACUGAAAUAAAAUUGGAAAUGUCACUUACCCAAAUUAAGUGCUACAGUUAGAAAAUAACUUGAUCCCAAACUUAUGGACAUAGAAAACUGCCUGGGAUUUUUAGUCUGUGAUUAGCAAAUACCUGAUUGAUGAACAACUGGGACAGUGCCUUCUUCGUGGUGGUGCUACAGUUGUGGAAGUCUGCCCGCUCAUAGAUCCUGCAAGCCUUCCUUCUGUCCCAUUUUUAUAUGGCGCUUGAACACAUUUUUAUUCCAGAAGUCGUUUUGUGAUGGACUCUGGAUGUUUUCGUUGGGCUUUGCUUUCUUCCUUUUCAUGCCACCUUUCCAUCAAGAAGCAUUCCCAGGGCAGGUUACAUCAUUCACGUAAAAUAUACACCCUUCUGAAUACCAGAGCCCCUUCUGCACCACCAAAAUCCUGGAAGAAGAGGUGGCAAUGAAGGCUGAGCAAUGCCAGGGCCAGCUCUGCUUCUGAAGGGAGUUAUCUCCACAACUGGUGGCAGUGCUGGGUUUUGCAGCCGAGAGUAUUUCAGUACUUCAUUCAUUUUUUAUUUUGCAUUUUAUUGUUACAUCUCCAAAACUGCUUGGGACGUGGGUGGCGCUGUGGGUUAAACCACAGAGCCUAGGACUUGCCAAUCAGAAAGUCAGCGGUUCGAAUCCCCACGACGGGGUGAGCUUCCGUUGCUCGGUCCCUGCUCCUGCCAACCUAGCAGUUUGAAAGCACGUCAAAGUGCAAGUAGAUAAAUAGGUACCGCUCCAGCGGGAAGGUAAACGGCGUUUCCGUGCGCUGCUCUGGUUCGCCAGAAGCGGCUUAGUCAUGCUGGCCACAUGACCCGGAAGCUGUACGCCGGCUCCCUUGGCCAAUAAAGCAAGAUGAGUGCCGCAACCCCAGAGUCGGUCACGACUGGACCUAAUGGUCAGGGGUCCCUUUACCUUUACCUCCAAAACUGCUUAUGUUAAAAUGAAAAUGUAUGGUAUUCAACUGACUUUCGUGCUACUGCAAGGGUUAACACUAGCACAAACAGACACACACUUACUCCAGGUGUCACACGCUGUCCCCAGAUCUGUUCUAGAGGGGUGGGGGAACCCUGAGAACAGAUUUAGAGGGUACACAGGGGAAGGACAGAGUAAUUCCGUUGUGCAAAGAGAAAUCCUUGUGCCAACAGAAUCUGAGACUUAGCGCACAGUGAGAUUGGAAAAGCAGAACAUAAACAACUUAAAUGAAUAGAUAGAUCUUUUAUUUCUCUAGGUCAUGAAUCAUGAAUGAAAUUUAUUAUGGUCAGAGACCAGCUUGAGAAACACAACUGGAACUACAAUCUCAAAAGCAAAACAGACAUUUAAAACUAUGUACAACAAUGGAUUUUAAGUUUAAAAGUGUGAUAGGCAUAUAAACACAUAAAAACUUUAAAAUAGACUACCUCAGAGAAAUGACCCAAAGUUGCCCGUUGAUCCGGGUUUGGGAAUUUUCUUAACAAACUAGAUUGAAUCGGGGGAUGGUCUGCGCCUACAGAUCUGUGCCAUAGCUGUCAAGCGUCCCUUAUUUGGCGGGACAGUCCCUUAUCCCAGCGCCAUGCCCCGCUGCUGUCCCUUAUUGAUGAUAUCCCUUAAAUAAGCUACUGAAGGUAAUGGGGCCCUUUCUAUGUCCAGCUGUCCUUUGUCAACAACAAAUUGUUGCUGUUUUUUUGUGCUGAAUAUAUGCUAUAUGGUAAUUUAUGGACCUAAUAAGUAUCUAAAGCCAUUUGCAUGCAACAAAAUAUGUAUUUUAUCAAAGUAAUUGUUGAUCCCUUAUUUUGGCUGCUGAUCCCUUAUUUUCAAAUCUGUAAGUUGACAGCUAUGAUCUGUGCGCAGAAUCUGGCGACGAUCCGGGUCGUCUUGUGGUCUUUGCCUAACAGGAGAAGAUCAAAUUUUUGUUUUACCGGGAGGUCGGCAAGCCUCGCCAGCAGGGGGUCAAUGGUUUCUCUACGUGCCUCAUCGUAAAAGCGACAUCUGAAAAAUAUGUGUUCAGGGCUUCCUAUAUCGCCCUAUUUCUCUAGGUCAAAGAGCAAUAACAUUUUACAUGAAAUACAUAACAACAACAAAAAGUUCAUUCAAAAACAAGAUAAUGUAUGUCAUAGAAUCCUAGAGUUGGAAGGGACCAUGAGGAUUUUCUAGUCUGCAACGCAGGAAUCUUUGGCUUGAACCCAUAACCAAGAGAUUAAGAGUCUCAUUCUCUACCAACUGAGCUAUGUAGCCAAACAGUCUUCAGGAGAAUGAUGUAGCUAAAACCACUGAUGAACAAGCAUAGCCAAUUAACAUGGCUGUGCUUCAGAUGGUGAAGCAAUUUGUCCAGUUAACUGCAGUUAACGAACCAGACUCUGGCAUGGUAACUAGAUCUGUAGCUCAUCAGUGAGAAAUCCAUAUUCUACAUCAUGUUUACUCAUACAGUUACAGAGAGGGAGGUUCUAGUAAACAGCCUUUGCCUCAUCUCCUGAGCCAAGAUAUAUCUACAUAUGAGUAGGGGUGGGAGAGAAAUAUGAUUCAUUUCACAUUUAAAAGCAAAGUUACCUAAUUUGCACUUCUGAAACCAAUAAAAUAACUGGAAUGCUGCUAUCCUUUGAAAUCUACACUAACCAAAUUUUGCUCUGCACUUCUCCAGCCAAGUAAUGUUUCGAUAGAUGUGUAUACUGGGGUUAAUUGUGCAUGCAAAUGUCUAUAUUAGUGAAAAUAACAUACAAAAGUGAAUUAUAUUAGGGAAAAUUUAUCUGCAAAAAAAUGUAUAUUAGGCAAAAUUCACACCAAAAUGUCAAUGAAUUAAAACAAACAAAUACAUUGCAAACUGAUAUGGGUAUGCAGAGAUCUGAAAUUGAGAUUGGAAAAACGAUAAACAGAGGGAAACCAAAAUUCGUAGAUUUCACCCAUCCCUGUGCAUAAGGCAGAUUCAUUUGUGUGUGUUUUCAAAAGUGGUUUGUUCAUUAUCCAGAGCUCAUGUUGCUCGGGAUUUUUAGUCAUAUCAUUCUCUUGUGGAUUGUUUGGAUCCAUGUACAGUAUAUUACUCUUUCUCUUUUUUUUGGACUAUUGGGACAGUGUGUGUGUGUUGUUAUAUCUGCAUUGCAUUAGUUUUGGUUUAUGGGGCAACCUGUGAUUCUAGAUAUACUGUUGACAAUAAACAUCAGCUGCUUUCUGGAAUUGACUGCAUACUUUAUUUAGGGUUUACUCUUGGGGUUUGGGGGCUCAAGAAUUUGGGCUGCCUUUUUGUGCCUUUCUGUUGCCCGAUUCCCAAGUCUGAAGAGCGGUUUGCUUUGGGAGCAGAAAGGCUAAGAGAAAAUGUGUAUGUUUCUGUCCUGAAUAUACUUUUGACAUCUUGCUUUCUAAAGUAGAAGAAUCUACCCCAGCUGGAAAAAAAGUCUUCCCCAACCCUUUCCUGGCUCUGUUGCAAACUGUGAUCAAAGCAAGAGUUGGUCCCUACAGUGAGUAUCUAGGCAUUUACAAAGCUGGCUAGCUAGCUGCUCCUGUUUAGAAUGGAAAUUUACCAGGGGAUUAAGAGGCUGUGGAAGAUGAGGUCUCUGCAGUGGAGCUGGAUUAUUAUUUGAACUUCUUAAAUGAGCCAGCAUGUGAGAUGUUGUUGUUUAGUCGUUUAGUCGUGUCCGACUCUUCGUGACCCCAUGGACCAGAGCACGCCAGGCACUCCUGUCUUCCACUGCCUCCCGCAGUUUGGUCAAAUUCAUGCUGGUAGCUUCGAGAACACUGUCCAACCAUCUGGUCCUCUGUCGUCCCUUUCUCCUUGUGCCCUCCAUCUUUCCCAACAUCAGGGUCUUUUCCAGGGAGUCUUCUCUUCUCAUGAGGUGGCCAAAGUAUUGGAGUCUCAGCUUCAGGAUCUGUCCUUCCAGUGAGCACUCAGGGCUGAUUUCCUUCAGAAUGGAUAGGUUUGAUCUUCUUGCAGUCCAUGGGACUCUCAAGAGUCUCCUCCAGCACCAUAAUUCAAAAGCAUCAAUUCUUCGGCGAUCAGCCUUCUUUAUGGUCCAGCUCUCACUUCCAUACAUCACUACUGGGAAAACCAUGGCUUUAACUAUACGGAUCUUUGUUGGCAAGGUGAUGUCUCUGCUUUUUAAUGUGAGCAUGUGAGAUAGCGGAGCCUUUUUGCAAGCCGUUCACCACCAGUAGACAGUAAACUAGCCUCCGUUUUUCUUUCUAGAAAUCCUAUGUAAUAAUAGUUGCUAAUCUUAAUAAAAUCUAGAAAGCCAAAUCAGAGCAAGGGCCAUGCUUCCUGCCAUCACUCUGAAUGUACGAACACUUACAAUUUUUGAGGAAGGGGAGAGCAGCCAAAUGAACAAAGCAGCGUGAAUGGGUUGCAGGAGUGAAGUUUAUUUGUGAAAGUAAUAUUUACCACCCUUUGGGGCUUAUGUCUUAUAUAUUGGUAGCAUUUAAAAUCAAGCAAUACCACUUUUGGAAAUAUAGAAUUCGUCAUAAAUUGUGUAAUGCUUUUUUGUAAGCUCAAAAUGUUAAUAUUACUUCUGGUUUACUUUUCUUAUUUGUUUGUUGGUUUUUAUUCAUUGAUAUGAAAGCAGAACCACUAACACACACAAUUAUAUUUUAAAUGUAAAAUUGAGCAAAGAAACAUUUCUGGGGGGAAAGAGAAUUUACAGAUCUUUAGUGCAUGUUCAGCUUUAGGGUGGGAAAAGCAAGAGGAGAAAUAAAAUAUUGGCUCAGAUCCCAGCAAAAGAACUGGGUGGCUUCAGUUGCUGACGCGCACCCCCAUUCCCAGCAAAAGGCACAUCUGGCCAAAUCGGUGUAAUGUAGAUCAGGAUGUGCAUAUAUAGAUUCAAAUUGUUCCUGGCAGAGCACACUCUUAAAUCUGAGCUUGUACACAUCUUGUGUGAUUUAUGAAUUGGUUAUAAUUUCAAACAAGCUAGAAAUCGCUUUUUUUUAAAAUAAAAAAAUAGCUAGCUUCUGUGGCAAAUUGUACUUGUGGAGCUGAGUGAAAUUCCUUCCAGGUUGCUAGGUUACCCAUGGAUUAACUGCAGAACUUCAUUUAUCUCUUCUUUCCAAACUGAAAAGCCCAAGCACACGCAAAACGCUAACAUUCUGGUUUGCACCUACUUUAGGCCUCAGGUGGGGCAGGGCUUGUAUUGUUGAAUACUCCCUCAAUCCCUGCAUGUAAUAAUGAACUAGAAUACCUGAGAGAAAUGUGUGGCGCACGUCUCUGCAAAUGUUAGUUCGUUGCUUAUAAGGCAUAUUCCCCCCCCCCCAGUUGAUAGUGCCUUCCAAAAUUUGACCCCUGAAGGUCUGAAGUGAUUCAGUCCAGAACUGCAGAACCUCAUAAUGGCGAACUCAGGUGGUUAAGUGCCGACAGGAUUGGAGGCCACUGGGGAACAAGAGAGGAAGGUUGCAGCGUUGUAAUGGGAUUCCUGAGGUUUGCAGGUAUAUAAAUUUUGGUGGACAUCCCCCCUCAACCUUCCAGUGAAGACUGAGCAUGCUCAGUAGUUGCAGAAUGUCGGAUAUCAGUUGGAAGGAGUGCUUCUGUUAGAGGGAGGAUAUACUGCAACAUUUUGCUGCUGUUCCUCUUACAUGUUCUAUGUACAGUGGUACCUCUGGUUGCGAACAGGAUCUGUUCCGGAGCUCCGUUCGCAAUCUGAGCAGAACACAACCCACGUGUGCGUGGGUCGCAAUUUGCCGCUUCUGCGCAUGCGCGUGACCUCAUUUUUAGCGUCUGCACAUGUGCGAGCGGCGAAACCCAGAAGUACCGUAUUUUUCGCUCCAUAAGGCGCACCGGACCAUAAGGCGCACCUAGUUUUUAGGGGGGGAAAUCAGCUUCUGGGGCUGUCAGGGGAAGCCCAGGUCCCCCCCCCCCAGCCCCAAAGAGCAAAGAAGCCAAGACAGCACCAAAGAGCAAAGAAGCUCUUUGGCUUGGUUUUUAGCUGCGUGGCUGGGGCGGGGGAAGCCCGAGCUUCCCCCGACCUCAGUCCGCAGAACAGGUUGGGGAGCGGUGGCAAGGUUGCGUGCAGCCUUGCCUCCGCUCCCGGAGCUUGCGGGGCUGGCAGGGGAAGCCUGGGUACCCCCCCCCAGCCCCCGGGACCACACAUUCACUCCAUAAGACGCACAGGCAUUUCCCCUGAGUUUUUAAAAGGGAAAAAGUGCGUCUUAUGGAGCGAAAAAUACAGUAACCCUUUCCUGUACUUCUGGGUCACUGUGGGACGCAACCUGAAAAGAUUUAACCCGAAGCAUCUUUAAUCUGAGGCAUGACUGUACUGGGUUUUUGGCACUACAAUGCUAUGUGCAUUGACUCAGAAGAAAGCCCCAUUGUGUCUUGUGGGUCUUACUAAAGAGUAAGGCUGCACCAGCAACAUACAUUUAAACCAGUAUCGUGCUACUCCAAGCAGUCAUGGCGGGGUGAUUUAGCAACCAGUAUUCCAGGGAGCUCUGGGAAUUAUAGCUUUGUGUGGGGAAAGGGGGGUCUCUUCCAGCCAAUCUCAAAGCCCAUAAAAAACAACACCCAGGAAAUCCGUGCCUAUUCAAAGUGGUAUCUUAACUGCUGUGUUGAUGGGACCUACGCAUGAUUAGGAUUAUAUUCCAAAGAGGCGAGUCUGAUACUGAGGGCUAGUGGGGAGGGGCAGAUAAAAGACUAGACAGUGCUGCAAAUUUUCUCUUGCCAAAAAUUAAAAUAGCUGUAUUUAUUUAUUUAUUUAUUUAUUUAUUUAUUUAUUUAUUUUUAGAAAAGGCAGCAAGGGUCAACAUUACAUUCAUUGCUGCUGUACUCUCUUGUUCUGUUUUCUAUACUGCUCUUUCCUCCAAGGUUCUUAGAGUUGGUAUGGACAUAGGAUGUUGAUGCAGUAGUGGCGCUGUGCUAGAGCCUCUUGGGCUUGCAGAUCAGAAGGUUGGCGGUUCGAAUCCGCACAACAGGGUGAGCUCCUGGUUGCUGUCCCAGCUCCUUCCCACAUAGCAGUUCGAAAGCAUGUCAGUGCAAGUAGAUAAAUAGGUACCGCUCUAGCGGGAAGAUAAACGGCAUUUCUGUGCACUCUGGUUUCCGUCACGGUGUUCCGUUGUGCCAGGAGCGGUUUAGUCAUGCUGGCCACAUGACCUGGAAAGCUGUCUGUGGACAAAUGCUGGCUCCCUCGGUCUGAAAGCGAGAUGAGCGCUGCAACCCCAUUGUCGCCUUUGACUGGACUUAACCAUCCAGGUGACCUUUACCUUUUUACCUGUUGAUGCAGUCUCCCAUCCCCAGGGAAUAACCGGACUCAAAGCUUGGGGAGAUGGAACUGACCAAUGGGGUUUGUGAGGGUUCACGAGCUGGACCAGACAGAACUGAAUUCAAAACCCUGUCCAGCUUCCUGGCUUCCUGGCUGAUCCUGAGCCAAUUGCUGUCUCUCAGGUUAACCAAUAUUGUUGUAUGGAUGCAAAACACCACCCAGAGCUCUGGAAGAAGAGCAGUACAAAAACGAAAUCAGCAUAGCCAGAAGAUGCCUGGUGUAGAUUUGUUGUGGAUGCCAUGACACCCCCACCAGUCUUUGCAGCCCAUCCGUAGACCUCAUUUGCUACAGCUGUGGAUCAGGGUUUGGAAAUGACAAUGAGUUAUGAAAAACAGCUCAUUCCUGUUGGGUUUUUCACCUUCCCUAAAGUUUUCUAUUUCUUCUUGAAUAAAAAGGGAGCCUCCCCCUCCCCCGACUUGCCCCAUGCCUUUCAAUACAGUUGGUAAAGCACAUGAUGUUUCAUUUACAACUCAAGCAAAAGAAGGCAAGGUUCCUCCUUCAUGGAGUUUAACCCUUCAGGGUUGCAUCUAACAGUGACUGCACAAGGAAGUGGAAUGAUUUCUGCUUGUGCAACAUAACUUUCCUCCACCUGCGCAACCCCCCCCCUCCAACGCCCCACCCCAACUUUGGUGGUUCUCCCAACUGGCCCGAACAAAUUACAGGGGCUUGGAACUAACGGAAAAGUUAGCAAAAUAUAUCGGAACUCUACACAAUCCGAAAAAGGACAACUUUUCUAAAGUUUGGCAUCCGUUUGUUGAACCCAUUAAAGUUAAGGAACAUGACUGGCAGCUGCCCUCUUCUCAUGGGUACCUUUGGAAGAACAUUCUUGGAUAACAUGCUGACGAAAGACAAUUGACUGGAAUUAUAAUGUCGUUUUUUGGAAUACUCCCUCCUUUCUCCUCACAUCCUUCCUUCCUUUUGUUUUCCUUGCUUUGAUUUCUUUUCCUUUACUCCCUUCUUUAUUGUUGUCAUUAUGCUUUUUGAUGUAUGAGAAUAUGAAAGCAAAGGAAGGGGAGGGAGGCUGGGAGAAGAGAGGGGUGAGAGGUGAAGGGACACAUCUUUGUAUGAGACAACAGUUAAGAUAUAUUUGUGAGGGGACCUUGAAUUCUUCUUUCUCUAUCGCUUUUCUUUUCUCUUUAUUUUUUUGGGGUGUAGAUUAGCAUGUCUUGUAGGGGACGCGGGUGGUGCUGUGGGUUAAACCACAGAGCCUAGGCCUUGCCGAUCAGAAGGUUGGCGGUUCGAAUCCCCACGACGGGGUGAGCUCCUGUUACUCGGUCCCUGCUCCUGCCAACCUAGCAGUUCGAAAGCAUGUCAAAGUGCAAGUAGAUAAAUAGGUACCACUCCAGCGGGAAGGUAAACGGCGUUUCCGUGAGCUGCUCUGGUUUGCCAGAAGCGGCUUAGUCAUGCUGGCCACAUGACCCGGAAGCUGUACGCCAGCUCCCUCGGCCAAUACAGCGAGAUGAGCGCCGCAACCCCAGAGUCGGCCACGACUGGACCUAAUGGUCAGGGGUCCCUUUACCUUUACCUAGCAUGUCUUGUAUUGUGAAAAAAUGUUAACAAAACUUUAUAUAGAAGAGAAAAUGCAAAGCAAAGGAAGGAGAACAUUCAUAGCUCAAGCGGAAUGACUUUGCUGGAUUCAACCCUUAGGUUCUAAUCUAAUUAGAAGAGAAGGAGAAAGAGUUGUGACAGUGAAUGUGGUUAGCAAAUGCAGUUACCUGUACUUUACAGGAUAUAAUGCACCUGUCCUUUCUUAACCUGGACCUAAGAGACAGGAAUUCAGUUUAAAGGAACAGUGGUGUAAUGGGUCCGUUUUAUUGCUUUGUUCUUAUCCCUUUUAACUGAAACACCCAUAAUGGUACUUUCUAUGAUGAGGAUGAUGAUGAUGAUGAAUCGUGACUACCUUUAUUAAAUGUUAACGUGUGCCCAGGACAAACAAUUGGCUUACCAUCUCAUUUGUUUCCGCUUUAUUGUGUAGAAGACGUGUAGUAUAUGUCAAAUGCUGCUUCCCAACCUCUGCAGCUUUGCAUCGCAUCAGAGAAUUCAUCAGCACAAAUCGCCGUACACGUGUCCCGAGUGUGGUGCAAUCUGUAGAUCGGUACAUUUCCAGACCCACGUCACAAAGAACUGCCUGCACUACACUCGAAGAGUUGGAUUUCGGUCAGUAUAAUAAAAAUACUUUUGAGACUGUGAAGUCUCAAACUACAGAGGAAACUACAGGGGAAAUGCCAAAACUACAGGGGAAAUGGCAUAUUGUUAGUGCCACAUAAUUAUUCUAGUACAUUUUUUAAAAAUACCUUAAUCUACAGGCACAUAGCAAGGGGCCAAAUUUUAAAAGCUUAGUCUUUAAACAAGUUUCAAAAUCUGUUAUAUGCAUAUUUCGGAAUGAUAAUUGUGGCAUUUUGUGGUAGCUCAUCCACUUGUUGAGGAUAUUUUGAAUUGACUCUCAACAUGCUUCUUCUAGAAUAAGUUCCAUGAGUAAAUUACAGAUGGAAAGGAUAUGUGGGAAUAAGUUAGCCACAUAAUUUUUCCAGGGGCAAGAUGCAAAAACCUCCUUGCUUUGGCAUCUGGCCACUUUAGCUGUACAGCAUCCCCAAGCUUCAAAUUUGGGGGAUGACAUUUUCAUUAAUAUUGGUAGGUUUGUUAAGGCAGAGCUGCUCAAAGUAUGCAGGCGACUUCGGCAUGGCUCUGACCUAUGCUUUUGUUCCACCUAUGAGUAUCUUUGUGGCAUGAUAUCAGAAAGGGAGAGAGGGUCACAGGGGGUUUUGUUUUAUCUUUUGCUUCUUUCAUCAUGAGACUUUUCCUGCAUGCAGAACAGAGCUUGGUCUGGGCCACAGUUCUUUGUGCCCUGUGCCCCAGGGUUGAGAAUCUUUCAGUGAUACAGUGGUACCUUGCUUCUCAAACUUUAUCCGUUCCGGAAGUCCGUUCCAAAACCAAAGCGUGCUUUCCCAUAGAAAGUAAUGCAAAAUGGAUUGAUCCAUUUAAAAACAACCCCUAAAACAGCAAUUUAGCAUGAAUUUUUCUAUCUAACGAGACCUCUGAUCCAUAAAAUGAAAGCAAUAUUCAAUGUACUGCAGUCACACAAUCAAUCAAUCAAUCAAUCAAUCAACCAAUCAAUCAGUUCCACACAGUCACAAAAACAAAACAAAAAAGCCACAGAAAAGCAAAAGAAAUAGCAAAAACAGAGAUACCUCAGUGUAACACUCAAAACGGAAGUGUGGCACUCAGAUCAGAAGCAUAACACUCAAAACAGAGGAUGUUCAGCUUCCGGAAAAAGUUCGCAAAUCAGAACACUUACUUUGCAGUGUUUAGGUUCCAAGUUGUUUGAGAACCAAGGUACCACUGUACUUGGAAAGAGUAGCAUACUGGAGACAUUUUGUAUACUUUAUUUGUUCUGUGUACAGUUAUAGCUGUGUCCUUGGCCAUUUUCUACACGCUGUAGAAGGAUGCUAGCACUUAGACCCUACGGUGUUGCGUUGCACUGCACAACAGAAAACAUUGACAUAACUCUCCAUCUCUUGCAGCUGUGUCCAUUGCAAUGUGGUAUACUCUGAUGUGGCGGCGCUCAAAUCCCACAUCCAGGGUUCUCACUGUGAAGUCUUCUACAAGUGUCCCAUUUGUCCAAUGGCAUUCAAGUCGGCGCCCAGCACUCAUUCCCACGCCUAUACGCAGCACCCUGGAAUCAAGAUAGGGGAGCCCAAGUAAGCAGCUCUGAUCUUUGCAUCCUACUUGACUUAACUAUUGACUUGCAAUGCUAUGGUUAUCAUGCUCAGAAAUGAAUGUUGCGUGUCAUGACCAGGACUCCCCAUAUGCCAUCAGAGAAGUGGGAAAAGUCCUGGCAAGAGCUGGUUCUCCUACUUUCCACUGUGUUUCUAAAAUUAAAGGACAGGUGCAAUAUAUAAAUGAGACAAAAGAGCAGCAUGUUCGACAGCAUGCGCUUAGAAUGCUUAAUUCAAGAAGGUUAUGAGUGAAAUUGGUGAGAGUGUAUGAGCACCCUGCUCCCGUGUAACUGAAAAAGUUGCACAGAGAUCCGUUCAUUUUUAGCGUGUUGAAAAGGUCUUGUGUCAAAGCAAAUUUUAGGCCACUUUUUCCCACACAGAGCCGACCUUUCAAAUAGGGAUUUUGCAGUGGUUGAAGCCUCGCUGUUUUCUUUUCUUUUUUCUUUUUUAUUAUGUUUUAAAGUUUUUAUUAUUAAAAUAAUUCAGUAUUAAUACACACAUAUUGCGAAUAUACAAGCAUACAAACAUACAUUUCAUACAGUCCUUAAAAAUGUUCAAACAUACCUACACUCAGUCCCACAGAUAAUUCCUUUUCCCAUCACCAUCCACCGCCCCUCACCCCACCUUUGUGUUAGACUUCCAGUCUACUCAGUUGCAAUUUCUUUCCACUUCUAUUACUUUCUUUCACACACCUUUAACCUAAUUUCAUGCUCUUCUUUUUAUUACACAUUGUUAUCCAUCUUAUUUAGUAUUUCAGUAUUUAAAACGGAACUUGUUUAUUCUAAUAGGAGUUCUGAUUUUUCAAUAUUGUUUUGCAAGUAUCCUUUAAACACCUUCCAGUCCCUGUCUAUCUUCUCUUUUGGGAUCCUUCCCAUUUCUCCCAUUGUUUUGGAUAUAUUGUAAUACUCCAAUAAUUUGGCAAGCCACUCUGUUUUUGUCAGUAUUAUACUGAAGCCUCACUGUUUUCCUCUCCCCAGAUUUCUCAUAUUCACUUCAGUACUUCCUUGCUGAUGGUCUAGGGCAGUGAUGGCCAAACUUGUCCCUCCAGCUGUUUUGCGACUACAAUUCCCAUCAUCCCUGACCACUGGUCCUGUUAGCUAGGGAUGAUGGGAGUUGUAGUCCCAAAACAGCUGGAGGGCCAAGAUUGGCCACCACUGGUCUAGGGGAACCUGUUUCAGCCCAAGGGCAUGUCCCCCUUAUGGACAACUUUCCAAAGGCCACACGUCAAUGGUAGGCAGGGCCAGAGGCAACAAAAAAAAUAUGGGUGGAGCCAGAGGCAAAAGUAGGCGGGGCAAUGGGUACAACUUUGUACGACAGGCUACAUUCCAAUUAUGCACAUAGAAACAUAUACACACAUAUCUUCAUUCUACAUCCGGAUAGGAAAAAGGCAGUUCACAGGCACAUUCCAACCAGGCAAAAGGAUGUGAGGAGAGUGAAGCCAGGCAUCAGCCCUUGAGGGUCAGAGCCCAGGAAGAGCCAUGAGAGGCUGAAAGGCCCCCCCCCCAAAAAACCCUGCAGUUUCUCACUCCUUAAAUAGGGGUAUCUGUGCUCACUCCAGAUGCAAAUGGCCAUUCCUCUCCCAAGGGAGCACUCUGUGUGAGAGAAUGAUAAGGGUCUUUAAUUGAGAAAUCUAAGCAUCCUUGCCAGAUUACAUUUCCCAGGGUUUCUUAAGUCAGAACCGGUAUGCCGCUGUUAUAAAUGCGUAAUGCAGAUACAGCAUCUACAAUGCAUCUUCAUAGAAAAAGGAGGAAUGUGCAAAAUGAGAAUUUAAUUAUUAUUUUUGCCGUUCCUUUCAAACGUUCCUCCGGCUCCCCUUGACGUCCCUCCAAUUCUUCAGCUGAAUUUUGCUCCGGGUGAAAAUUCAGUGUCAGUUCUAAUGAUAAGUGGCUGGUAAUGCUUCCCUUAUUAGGAGCAAGAGUCCUUUGUCUGCGUUUAUGGAAAGGCACUGAAACCACCAAGAUGAUUUACAGCCUCAAGGGGUCGUUUGAAAGCCCAUUGCCAUGCAAGCACUACUUUCAGUUCUGCAAAGGUUGUUCUUAUGAGCCUUAGAAAUGAAAACGCCUGAUUGCCACUGAGUGACCUACAUAUCUGGGCCUUUUCGGGUAUUGCUUCCGUGCAUUGAGCUUAUGUGUGGUUAGCUUCACCUACAAUUUCACACUGUGAGGCAGCAUGAGGUAGUGGUUAGAGUACUGGAUUAGGACCUGGGAGACCAGGGUCCAAAUCUCUACCUGCCUGCUUUUUAUUUGUAAGCCCCUUUGAGCAGCCCCUUUGUGGGACAGAAAAUUGGGGUACGGUUUAAAAACCUAUGCCAGUAAUGCAGUCUUUUGGAAUAAAUGAAAUGCCACAACAGACUGACGUUAUGUCUUCAACUGCCUUUUUCUGUGUGUUUUUCUUUUUAAAGGAUAAUCUACAAAUGCUCCAUGUGCGACACAGUGUUUACCCUGCAGCCUUUGCUGUAUCGCCACUUUGACCAACACAUCGAAAACCAGAAAGUGUCUGUCUUCAAGUGUCCAGACUGUUCGCUUUUGUACGCACAGAAGCAACUCAUGAUGGAUCAUAUCAAGGUGUGUGGGCUUCGUUUGGCAACCAUAACGGGGAGCCACCAUAAGUAGAUGAAAGUAGGUGUAAUGAUCUCUGGCAGGCAAGCAAGCCUGUAAUGUAAUGACUCUCCAGCAGUUUUAUGCAUGUUUAUUUACAAAAAAGACACAUCCAGAGCCCGGCUUCUUGCCUGCCCGCAUUUACAAUAGUUGAUCAGUCUGAAUUUUCAUCCCUCCUACAGCAGGAAGGAUGCCAAAUUCCCGCCUUUCCCCUCUUGCCCUUCCGUUGCCAUCUGAUAUUAUCCAGACACCAAAACAGGGACUGAGAGACUGGCCUGCCCCCUCCCCACUCCCACUUGACUGACUCAGACCUCUGCUUAUCUGCUGAUUGCCUAGCAGUGCUCUGGCUGCUGUACAACUCCGCCUCUUCUUGAGAUCUAACAGAGUCUUCCCCAGGAAGGGGGGUCGAACUGCCCUUUCUCGACUCUGUCAGCCAGUUCUCAUCUGCAGAGUCAGACCCUCAUGCACCUAGUUCGAUUUCUGAGUCUAACUCUUCCCCUGCGCUCGGGGGGACGGGGACGUUCCUGACACCAGUUUAGAUGCCCUUGUAAUCACAAGGGGAGCAGGCUUGCGAACGAUAAAACUGUGAAACGGCAUUAUAUUCUAGGAACCAGGUCACUAAACUGCUUAACCCAGUACUGUCUACUCAGGCUGGCAGCUGCUCUUCCCCAAGUCUCAGAGCAGAGGACUUUCCCAAAUCUUUGAACUGAAUAGAUCAAAGCCUGAAACUGGACCUUAUGCCAGGGGUGCAGUGCGAUGCCUUCCAAAUGUUGUUGGCCUGUAGCUUUCAUCAGCCGCAGCCAGCGUGGCCUGCAGUCAUGGAUGAUGAGAGAUGUCCCAGCCUCUGAGCUAUAGUACCACUGAGUUAUGGUCGCUCCCUUAAUCUGCAUAGAAUCUAAACUUCAUGCAGAUUACUAUGAAGUUACAGAAUCCACUUUCAGAGACUUUUUCUUUCUCUGUUUUAUAGGUUAAAAGAAAACAAACCCCCACAAUAUUUUUCUGGAGUGGUGUUUUGAGGCUGACUACUCCUUCUGGUCCCUAGAAGGGACACGGGUGGCGCUGUGGGUUAAACCACAGAGCCUAGGACUUACCAAUCAGAAGGUUGGCGGUUCAAAUCCCCGUCACGGGGUAAGCUCCCGUUGCUCAGUCCCAGCUCCUGCCACCUAGCAGUUAGAAAGCAUGUCAAAGUGCAAGUAGAUAAAUAGGUACCGCUCCGGCGGGAAAGUAAAUGGCGUUUCCGUGUGCUGCUCUGGUUCGCCAGAAGCGGCUUAGUCAUGCUGGCCACAUGACCCGGAAGCUGUACACCACCUCCCCCGGCCAGUAAAGCGAGAUGAGCGCCGCAACCCCAGAGUUGGUCACGACUGGACCUAAUGGUCAGGGGUCCCUUUACCUUACUACUUCUGGUAGUUUCAUUCCUUUGAACUUUGGUAUUUAUAAUGAUAUAUAUAUAUUUAUACUAAGGCAUUAUGCAAUCAGCUGCCUUUUCCCACUGGACUUCUGCUUUUAAGCUAUUGGCUUUACCGCAGUGAUUUUCAGCUUGUGUUCUGGGCAAACCCAGGGAUUCCUCAGUGAGAUUUUUAUCUGUAGCGGACAACCUUGACAGAAUAUAAGGGGAAAGUCUAGUCUAGAACACUCCCCGCCCCCCGACAUGGCAGCUCUCUCUGUGCAAGGUAAUGGCGGGUAGGGGGAAUUCAGACAUGCAGUCCCCCAUCUUUGAAGUGGUACAGUCCAGCUGUGUCAUGUGGUUUUUGCCGCCUCUGUACAUUGGCCUAUGGGUGCCGUGGAUUCGUGAAACCACGAAACAAGCAUUUAUUUUAUUUUAUUUAUCACAUAUCUGCAUUCUGCUUUUCGUCCAAGGAGUUGAAAGUGGCUUUCGUGGUUCUCCUCCUCCCCAUUUUAUCCUCGCAUCAAUCCUGCGAGGCUGGCAGUGAGUGACUGGCUGAAGGUCACCCAGUGAGUUUUGUGGCAGAGUGGGGAUUUGAACCCUGUUGGCUUCCCAGGUCCUAGUCCAACGCGCUAACCACUACACCACACUGGCUUCUCCAGCCUUCCGCCUGCUGGUCCUCUCACCUUGUAUUCUCUCUAGAUAGCAAGUACCACCUUGCUUUGUUCUUUCUUUUUGAAUUAGUCUAUGCACGGGACGCUGAAAAGUGUCGAGGGGCCUCCGAACCUGGGUAUCAGUUUGCCGCUGAGCACGAAGCCCACCACUCAGAACUCGGUCAGUCACAACAAGGAGGACUCCAAAUCCGUCAACGGGACAGAAAAGACAGAGAAGAAGUCCCCCUCCCCUGUGAAGAAAGCAGAGCCCCAGAAAGUCCCCAAUCCCGGCUGGACGUGUUGGGAAUGUGAUCGGCUGUUUACUCAGAGAGAUGUUUACAUAUCCCACAUGAGGAAAGAACACGGAAAGGUAAAUUGCGGGUGUUGAGCGGAGAAUUAGAAGAUUAGAUCUGGGCCGUUUUCAAGUUGUUGACGAGGAUGUUUAGCAUGGAAAGAAUUUGUCCCCGUUAGUCGCCCACCUUGCAACCAAACCAGCAAUGAGGUUUAUUGAUUACACUUACCUGUUGCUGAAAAGUUAUUAUAAAAGAUAAUACCCCACCCCUGGCAAAAAAAAUAAAUCCCUUCACCAUGGUGAAGCCCAGGACAAACUGACUGAUGUCAAUUCUGCAUUCUGGAAUGGGCUCUUCCUCUCUUUCUAAGCCAGGCCAGGCAGAUUUGAUUGCAUUUUACGUAACCAGCCACCACACAAUUUCAGCGAAAGAAAGGCCACUAUUUAGUUUUAUGUAAGCAUAAAUCUAGAGAAUAAAUAAGAUCAUGCACGCUAAAAGGGACAGGGUUAUGGAGGGAAAUAAAAUACAAAUCAACACAAUGGAUCAGCCUGGUUUACAUUUCCUACAGCGCUGAAGGGAGAGUCAACGCUAGAAAUUUUCACGAGUACGUUAUUGCCUAGAUCCAUUAAAUUUUAAUCGCUUUUCAAAGUGUCGCCUACCAACUUGGAUGGCUGUGAAAGAGGGUUAGACAAAUUCGUGGAAGAGAAGGCUAUAGAAGACUACCAGCCACAGUGGCUGUGAUCUCCCCUGUGCAGUUGGAAGCACAUUGCUCCUGAGUGCUGUUUUCCUGGGAGUAACAGUGGGCUGAGGGCUGCUGUUUCAGGCUUCUCCUAGGAAUCUGGUUGGUCCGUGUGAGAGCCGGUUGUUCGCCUGGUUGAGCCAUUGGCCUCAUCCAGCAGGCUCUUCUUAUGUUCUUAAAGCUGCUGCGAUGAAUUAGCAUGACAGGCGUGCCCUGAUUAGUCGGUUGAAUGUGCUUCGGGAUGAGCGCGUUCAAGUUGCACUCCACAGCAACCCAGAAGUAACCGAACGUGUUACUUCCGGGUUUUGCCGCAUGCGCAGACGCUCAAAAUGACGUCACACGCAUGUGCAUAAGCGGCGAAAAGCGACGCAUGCGUACGCAGACGUGCCGUGGCUGGUUACGUUUGCUUCUAGAUGCGAACGGGGCUCCGGAAUGGAUCCCGUUCGCAUCUAGAGGUACCACUGUACAGCAAAAAGGGCUUGCAGUAAGUUACUCGGACCAGUGGUGUGGGGAGGUGCAAUAAACAGAAAGGCUCCCUGUUCUUACUCCUCACAGAUUGGUUUUCCUAGGCUCUGUGGUUUAAUCCACAGCGCCACCCACAUCCCUGGUCCAAAAAUGAGUUUGCAUGUGUUAAUUUCUUGGUUCCAUCUUGGCCACAUGUAAAAACCUAUAUUUGCUUUGUUUGCCAUGAAUAAUAAACCUUAAGUUUAUUCUUUCAGUCACCAGUCUUACUAGACUGUUUCCUUGGUCACACUGCUGCAAAAUAUGUACCAAACUCCAAGCAGGGUGGGCAGGCAGUAUGCUCAGUGUGCACAAAAAAAGGCACCUCAGAAGAGGAAUAGAAACAGAAGUGGAGAGAGGGAAUGUAAUGGAGUGUCCUGAAAGAGCACUGGCUGGCUGGAACCCUGAGCAGGAACACUCCAUACUGUAAUAUUUUCUUGCAAGUCCCACUUCUCUGAACUAAUAACAGUCUUAUCGACUCCAACCUGCUUUUGGCUCCCCCCUGCCAACGAGGCUUUCAGAGUAGUAAAAUUAAAAAGAAGGAAGAAAUUUUAAAAGCUCAUAAUUUUUCAUGGUUGAUGUUCAGCACAGGCCCCUAGGCAGGAGUAAAACUAAUAAAAACCAUGUCAGUUUUGCUGCCUUGGGUAGAAGGAGAGAGAGACGUGAGAGAAAGCCAUAUGGGAAAUACCGCGAAAAUGUAAUAAGCUCAGAGGUGUUGGUAAAGACAGAAGAAAGCUCGUAAUAAGCAGGCUCUCAUGGGUAGGAGAUGCUAUAAUGAAACACCCAUGUAGCAGCUUUCAAAGAUGGAAGCUGAAAUAAAGCAGUGUGUGUGUGUGUGUGUGUGUGUGUGUGUGUGUGAAUUGUUCCAGAGUAGGAUAAAUUCUCGGAUACGGGUCGUUGGUUAAAAUGUUUUACUGCUUCUUGGGUCAUUUAUGUAGGUCAUCAUGCAUCAAGCCUUGUUCAGAUCCACUCGCUGCUGUUUAUCAUUUGUGUUGCGAAUGGCUACUAAAGCAACCUUACACAGAGAGCUUAAGGGGUUGCUUAGCAACCUUGGGUUUGGCUUGGGCCUAGCAGGCUUGUCAGCCAGAGGCGAGGAAUGCCAGUGAUGGAUCUAUGUCCCGCAGGUGGACUGGUUAAGAGCAUCACAUAACUUGCUGGACACAGACCUCCUUAUAUUGCGGUCCAGCAACCAGUUAGACACUUCUGGGACUCACAGAGCAGCGCAAGAACUGCUGUAUGUCCUCUGCAUCUCGUACUCCGAGGCAGGCUUCUCCUCCUGCACAUGGAGCUCCCAUGUAUCCGUCAUGGCUAGUAGCCAUUGGCUCGUCCCCACUUAUUUUGGAGUGGGGGGGGGAAGGGGGACAGACACAAUGGUCCAUAGGUCUUGUGAGUCAAAUGACAGGUGUGUGAGCUACCUGUUCAGGAAGAUCUGAGCACAGGGCAUGGAAAUAAUGCACAUGUAUCCCUCCAUAUGCUGCUCUGCAUUUAACAGCUGGCUUUUGUGUACGACGCCAUUCCUCCUCUCGUUAGCUGAUUUCCAUUUUGCCUGGUUAAUUUCCCCCACUUGAUUGACUUCUAGGGGGCUAGGCAGAGCAGCUGCAACUGGUAAUUGCAAAUCUGGGAAACCACACAAGUAGGUCUUUCAAAGCAUUGUGUUUGUAGAGCCAUCAGGCUACCUAUACUGGAUCAGAAUUAGUAAGGGGGAAGUGGCUUCCAUUGCUUUCUAGAAAUAAUUCGCUGUACAACCCAGCCCUGCUCCCUCUGGUGGACACAGCACGUCAUAACGGUGCCCUGGGAUGUGUCAUGCUCGCGACAUUGCUUUGUUUAAGGUAAAGUUUUAAGUUAACUGGCACAUAUCAUAAUGUACCUCCUUUUUUAAAAAAACGUUUUGACUUCUUUUCUUUAAAGCAAAUGAAGAAGCAUCCAUGCCGACAGUGCGACAAAUCCUUCAGUUCCUCGCACAGCCUUUGCCGCCACAAUCGCAUCAAGCACAAAGGCAUUAGGAAAGUUUAUACCUGCUCGUAAGUUCUGCUUUUUAGAGUUCUGCGCAACUAUGUUCGUUAUAAUAAUUCUUAGACCUUGAAAAAACAAAACAAAACCUGCCCUUCUCUCAUUGAGAGGCCAAGUAGCAUACCUGGAGACAAUCUGCUCUCAUUUCAGCCUACUCUUUAGAGGACAUGAGUCUCCAGGUGGAGCCACAAGGUGUUCUUUAACCUUUUGGUCCCCAAAUGUUGUUGGACUACAAUGCCCAUCAUUUUCAGCUGGCUUUGCCAGUUGUCGGGAAUGGUGGGAGCUGGAGUCCUGCAGCAUGUGAGGACCCAGAGUUGAAGAACAAGGUUCUACAGAACCCCGUUCUUGUCUGUCACGUAAGACUGCCUACCACAGAGGAGGGAUAGCCGGCACGGUGCCCUGCAGAUGUUCUGGACUACAAAUCCCAUCAUCCCUGCUAUCGGCCAUGCUGACUGGGCCCCAUAGGAGUCCAGAACAUCUGGAGGACUCAUUGUGGUUUCAAACGUCUAGUGGGACCACAUUAUGUACCCUUGGUUGUAGAGGAUUAUGGGACAAUUGCUAAAGUGCAUUCUCAGCACAUGCACGGUGACAGUACUGAAACCAGAAGUGUGUCCUGGAAUGCACCCAGCUGUUUCCUAAGGCAACUUGUUGCUGGAUAAAAUAGGUAGCAGCAGUCAAGCUGCUUUUUAUGUAGCAAAUAAGUUAAAAUAGCCUGUGUGUAUGUAUGUGUAAGAGAGAGUGCUCCUAUUGUUCUUCAGGUUGAAUCCAAGUAAAACGUGUGUGUGUGUUUUAAAGAUUUACUUGUGUUGCAAAACAAAGGAAAGUACAUAUAGCAUCUCCAUUUUCGGUUCAUAGAGUCUUUUCCACAGUUUGUUUACGUUCGCCAACCAAGUGCGAUGUAUUCCCAUACAUCCUAGAAGAUGAAACAAAACAAUGGGUGUAGAUGGAGAUAGAUAACAUCGGAAAAAGCCCUCCUCUAGUGUACCCAUUCCUCCAAAACAAACCAAGGAAAAUUCCCACAAUACUAACCAAGUUCAAGGAAAAAGCAGGAAAACUGGCCCCAUUCCCACUAAUUGCCCCGGCCCACCACCCACUAUUCCAUCCUGCAUCCCCAAACCUUCCAAAUAAAGACCUGCCAAGCUGAAGGUCUGUAUCGCCUCACCGACUUUUACAAAAGUAAAUUAUAUUUUUGAGUACACCCAUUGAAAUCAGUAAGAUGUGAGUUAGCCAUGUUCAGCCAUUUUAAGGGCAGGCACGUGAGCACCUGUGCAAACACUGUUAGUACCAACUAGUUGAUCAUAACUGUUAAUGGUCUGCUAUGCAUUUUAUUCAUGUAGGCACUGUCCGGAUUCAAGGCGUACUUUUACCAAGCGGUUGAUGCUCGAAAAGCAUAUUCAGCUGAUGCACGGCAUUAAAGAGCCCGAUGUGAAAGAGAUGACAGAAUCAAGCAAUGUAGGACAAAGCGCGGUAAAAGAAGACGCGAAGGUGAGCUCUUAUUUGUAUGCAAGUCCUGGUCUUUAAAAAGAAACAUGGAAUACCAGCUGAAUAAACUUCAGCUGUGUCCUCUCAACAAAUCAGAGUUGGGAGACUUGAAGCUUCUUUUGUCUUUUGAGGAAAAAAGUGAAGAAAGCUCUUUGUGACCCGCGUGUGUGCAGACGCGUGGGUUGUGAACUCUGGGUUGCAAAUGUGCAUCCCGCACGGAUCACGUUCACAACCCGAGCGUCCACUGUAAAUAAAUAACAGCCAUUGUAAAACCUGUCCUCCGUGUCGGAUACACCACUAUGUUUUUGAAAGCCAUCUAAGGUAGUAACCAUCACCACCCCAAACACAUACACAAACUUUGGCAGAGAAUGCCAUAAGUUAAAUUGUGCAUUGUGUCAAGAAGUGCUUCCCAGUUGGCUGAUUCCGAACAUGAUCCUUGGCUCAAUACACACACUUGUGGUUCGAGGACCCGACCCCCGCGAUGUGAAAUAAAUACACAAGGACACGUGAUAUAAGGUUAAUGGGCAAGAAAAGGCCACAACUUUAUUGAUUACAGCAGUGAAAAGGUAUUGGCUUAGGCAUUGGAUGUCUAAAACAAGGGGGUUUAUUCACCAGUAGGUGGAGCCUGUUGAUGCUAAUCCAACUAUAGGCUCUCCCCUGAUGUCACCGGGGGUCGUGCCAUGGCCUCCCGCCAAGCAGGCAUCGGACAGAGUACACGACCGCCAGAUUCCUUUAACAGAAUACCCAAAAAUUGAAGGCAUAGGCGAUGGCCACACCCAGCCCUUCGACACACCACAACACAUUAUUCCAAUGCCUAACCUACCCACCAAUACCACAAAAAGUUGUGACGAUUGCUACGAGGUAGGCGAAAAACCAAAAGCCUAAUGCCAAAUGGAAAAAUUCCUACCAGGCCCCCUAGACAACCAGGGCGACCAACCUAAGGUCCAUAGCAAGGCCAAAGAACAAAGACCCUGAGCUAAAAGGGAGUGGAGGGUGGGUGACUCACGACGAGAGGACGGAGAAGAAUGAGGCCGAGGAGAGGCUGGCACCGCCGCAAAAGGCUGCUGAACACGCCCCCUCGAAGGCACCUGGUUGGAUGCCUGCCAAGGGGGCGUGGGCGCCAGCCAGGUGAGAGGAGGAGGCAGGGGGCUAAUGCCCCCUGCUAGGGGCGGUGCUCGGGCUCCCGCCCACAACCACUCCCCUCUCUUCCAGGGAGGAGAGUCUUUAUUUCUAGUGCAGAAGCAGUGAACAUUCAUGAGAACAGCUACAUGAUCAUAGCUGGGUUGCUUAUAUUUUAAAACUGAUUUGUUCCGACUUCAGGUUCCCAGUCCGAAGCGUAAAUUGGAAGAGCCUGUGCUGGAAUUCAGGCCCCCUCGAGGCGCCAUCACUCAGCCGCUGAAGAAGCUAAAGAUCAACGUUUUCAAAGUCCACAAGUGCGCAGUCUGCGGCUUCACGACCGAGAACCUCCUUCAGUUCCACGAACAUAUUCCCCAGCACAAAUCUGACGGCUCUUCGUUCCAGUGCAGAGAAUGUGGCCUCUGCUACACCUCCCACGUCUCCCUCUCCCGCCACCUCUUCAUCGUACACAAGCUGAAGGAGCCCCAGCCCGUCUCGAAACAGAAUGGGUCGGGGGAAGACAGCCAACAGGAGAACAAGCCCAGCCGCGAGGAGGAGUCGUCUGACAGUGCCGUGUCCGACAGGAAGUGCAAAGUUUGCGCAAAGACCUUUGAAACAGAAGCGGCCUUAAACACCCACAUGCGGACACAUGGAAUGGCCUUCAUCAAAUCCAAAAGAAUGAGCUCGACUGAAAAAUGACCCUCCCUCCCUCCCCACACGCAUAUCCCAAAAGCGAGAGAAAGAAGAAGAAGCCUUCUCUACUUCAGAACAUGACUGACCUUUCUUUCUUUCAUUCAUUUUUGGUACAGAAAACCUGCCACACAAUGGAGAUAACAGCUCUUCACACGCUGUUGCAAUAUAUUCUGUACUGAAAACAAUAUCUUCUUCACCUCAUCGCUAGAGAGAGAGAUAUAUAGAGAAAUAUAUAUAUACAUAGAUAUAUAUAAGCCCCCUAAAGACUUUUUUUUUAAAAAAAACACUCCACGUGAAAUAAAGCAGUAUUUGAGUUGAACAGAGUUUGUAUAUAUUUAAACAGAUAAUUUUUAUACUCUUUGUUAUGUGUUGGUAUUGGUAUUUAGUGGGAAAUCCUUGUUUCGUUUUGUUUUUCGGUUUUGGUCAGUUGUUUCUGUUUUUUUUCUGGACAGCAAGUUCGUUUUAAAACACAGUUCUUCAUAUUAGGGCAUUGCUUAGGUUUCCAUUAAACCGCUUCGUGGGGGUGGUCCCUUUCUGAUGUCACUAAAACAUCAAGGGAACACGCCCAUCUGUCCCAUAACUCUAUGAUCAUGCUAGAGGUCACAUGGGAGGAGCCAUGAUUCCCCCAGCUCUUUUCCAUGUUACCAUCAUCCUUCCUGGAAACCGUGGUUAAUUCUGGCAUGGUAAGGAGCUGUACCAUGUGUCUUUGGACUGCCACACAAUCUAGAGCUUCUGAAAUUGCCAGCGUUGUGUGUGUGGAAACGUCGCACAUUGUGGUUGCUCACACACCUCAGCAUUGAAGUCACGAGGAAGCCUACGAAUAUAUAUAUAUACCCAGGGGAGGAUUGACAAAACUGCACUAGAAAGCAAAAGUUAAAAGAAGAUAAAUGAAAGGCAAGUAGCUUUUUUGUUUGUCUGAUUGCUUUGUAGUUACUGGAUUUAUGCCCCCAAAUAACAUUCUUAACGAUCAGGAGGAUUUAGAAUAAUUUUAUUAUGGCCUCUUGCAUAAACAUUAUAGGUGCUUUUUUGGAAAAUCUCCCCGUAUUAAUGUGAGAGGGCAUUUCCGUGUGUAGACAACACAUCGGCUACAGAACCCAGCUGCAGUUUCCUGCAGAAAAGCCCCCCUGAAAUAAUGGGAGCUGCCCCAAAGCGCUAUCCUUCUUUUUCAUCACUUCUUACAUGUAAGGAAUGCCCUGGAGGGUCUGUGCUGCUUGUGUUUUAAGCAUCAUGCUCUUUUGCUCUCCUCCACUGCACUUUUGAGAGAGGUCCUUGGACUCUUUCGAAAGGCCUGUUGAGGUGCUUCAGUAUUUUGCUGCUUAGCUGCUCCCAGUUAAACAAAUAUGUAGAGUACUGUGAAUUGAGUUUACAAUGGUGGAGAGGCAGGGAGAAGGAUCGUGUGCCGUGUCACUACAUUGAAAAACCCGUGAAAUGAUGUAUUUUUUGUUUGACGGAGAAGGCUGAAGCGUGGAUGCUUGCGUAAGAUGGUAGGCGGUGCCAGUUUUAUGUCAGAUCAGGUGCUCGGAGGCGUAGGAUAAAUUUGUAGCCCCCCAUUGAAAAGCUAACACCCCGUAGGUCAGACUAUGCAUCCAUUUAGCCCAGUAUUGUAUUCUCUUGUUUCGCAACAGCUUUACCAGGAUCUCGGGCAGAAAAAAGGGUCUUUUCUGUCACCUGCUACCUGAUUCGCUUUAACUGAGGCUGCCAAGGAUUUGCUCCCCUCUCCUACAGAUUUUGUGUCCGUUGCUUAUUGAAACGUAGACUAGAUCGGACACCAAAAUGCACAACCAGGAAUCUGGGAGGCUUUCUAGAGCUGCCUUCCUCUUCCGGGUAGAGUUCUGCAAAGAGCGUGCAGUCCCCACUUUCCCAUGCUCACAUGGGAAGUCUUAAAGCAAGGACAAGGGAUUUGAACAGGUGGGUAGGGCAGCCCACCUGUCCAUCAUAUAAUUGACAGGGGGGUUUGCCCUGUCCACCUGCCAAAGCUGGCACAGUCCCAUCAGUCUCAGCCAGCAAGGCCCAGCGCUGGGAGAUGCUGAGAGUUGCAAUGAUCUGGACCACAGGGAAGGCUGUAAUGAUCUGGACCACAGUGAUCCUUGCAAACCAUGGUGUUCUUAUAGCAGUUCCUGUUAUGUGAUUUGGGAAUAGCAUGGACUGUGGGAACAAGAGGGAUUUAGUGCAGCGCUGUGUGUAGGAAGCAGCCGUGCUUUUGAAUAACGGUUGCUGGAAAUCACAGAAGGGGCGAGAGCUCUUGUGCUCACCAGCAUUUGGUUGGUCGCUGUAAGAACAGGAUGCCGGACUAGAUGGGCCAUUGGCCUGAUCCAGCACACCCUUCUCCAGUUCUUAACGUAUUCAGCAGUUUGGUUGCAUAAACAGUAUUCAGCAAUUGUUAUGAACAGGGCACCUGUCACAGAAUCCUGUAUCGUUUGAAAUACCCUUGUUUCACUCUUUUUAAAGCAAGUCUCUAGUUCUCAGAGGAUGGCUGUUACAUUCUCAGAAGCCAAAGGACAGUAUGAACAGCAUUUCCAGUGGCUAGGCUCUAUAUAGGGUAUAUAGGGUGGUUCUUUGCCACUCUCUGUGACUAGGAGAGACAUUUUAAAUCAUGCAAGGUAUAUGAGUAUAUGGAGAUGUGGUUAAUUUGCAUAACUUACACAGGUGGCAGAAUUCGGUUUUUGUUGAUGCAGCGUAUACAUAAUGUAGGCCUGAAUUUAUGUGAGCUACGCUUGACCCUUCAUAGCAAGCAAUGGGACUUGCCUCUGGUGCUGUGUUGUAAUCUGAGGCUUGAGUGAUCUCUUAAUGAUUGGUGAGCUUCUGAGACAGGGUGGCCAAACAAACUAUGACUUAGGAAGGGCACUGGGGUCAUAUGUAAUGCCAAGCCAGAUCUAAAACAAACCAAAUGUUCGUAAGCUAGCAACUAACCAUUGCUUCAGACAGUGUUUUGCUGGUAGAAGAAAUAAAAGGAAAACCAAAGUAUACUUAAGCUGCUGGGCAGGCUUCACACAUAACACUACGCCAUUGUUCAGCAAACCAUGGUUUAGCAUUAUGUGCAAACCAGGCCAAUGCUUUAAUGUGUGUUUGAGGAUGGUUGUGGUUUGCAAUGGUUGGUUUGUGCACUUAGGAAUACAUAGGAGUGAGCUGAUUUCUAGUGUGUUCCUCUGAAUUGGCCACCUAGUGAGUUUCAGCUUCACGUGCCCUUCCUUCCUCACAGUCUCUUGGUCUCGCUCUCCAAUUAGUCGAGUAAAGUUUUGAAUUCUGAACUACCCGGUUACUAUUUUCAAGGUUGCUUGUCUUCUGGUUAACACAGACAUAAGCCAAGCACCUCCCACUGGCUCUUUAUGUUGCUUUCAGCUUGUUUUAGCCUCUCGGUUUACAUAUAUGAGGAGGAGAUGCAUUCAGGUGCAAGCAAUCGCAGAAAUCUGAACUGAGAGGUAUGUUGCCAAGGUGAUAGAUGGAAAGGGUACUAUUUGAGCACUGUGAGUCUUUUUCAGAGCGCCAUCAUAUAGUACCAGGCUGCAUCACAUAAAGAUGAAGGACCAUGAAGCACUCUGAAUAAUGAAACUGUUCUAUACGUGAAUAAUACUACCUACAUAGUAGUUCUAAUUUUGCAGCUAAAAUGUAAUUUCUUUUUUUUAAAAAAAUGAAAAAGAACGAGGCCUGCUGUGUAAUUCACACAGCUCAUAGAUUUCUUAAAGGUUCUGGACCAUACCAGCAAUUAUAAAAUGUUUUGGAAUUUUCAGAGUGCUUCACAUAAAUUAUCUCAGUACUCCUUACAACAACCUUGUAAGGUAGGUCAGUAUUAUUAUUAUUAUCACCCCCAGAUUGCAGAUGGCUGCAUGUGCGGGGACAGAGCUCAUAUUUAAGGCAAGAUUUGAACGUGGGGUUUCUCAGCUCAUAGUCUUAACCCUCUGCACUAAACGUACGCUCUCGUCUACUCUGAAUUGCACCCAGAGUCUCUUGGGACAAAUAGUGUUAGCUCAGUGUUAUGCAGUUCCCAGAUCACCCAAAUUCUCUACCAAAAUGUGUUACGUGGUGGAGCAUUUGAGAUUAAUGGGGAAGCUGGUGGCGUGUGUUUAAAAACACACACCAUGUUGCUAGAUCUCAUGGUCAUGGAGUUAGCAAGGAUUUGAAGAAGGCUGUCGGUGGUUUCUAGCCUUGAUGGCUUUGCUCUGUCACCAUGGUUGAAGCCAAUAGUGCUUCUGAAUACCAGUUUUUGGAAACUGCAGAAGGGGAGAGUACUCUUGUGCUGGCAGGUUUCCCACAGACAUUUGGUUAGCCGCUGUGAGAACAGGAAGCUGGACUAGAUCUUAAGAUCUUCUAGUUUUAUUUUCAGCAUUUAAGGCAUCUUUCUCCAUGCAUUUGUCCAUGCCGCGCACUCACAUCCCCAUGCAAGUUUUAACAGACACCUACAAGACUGUGCCUCUUACAAAAAAAUCAGCCCCGAGAUGCCUGCAAAGUACAGUGGUACCUCUGCUUACAUACUUAAUUUGUUCCGGAGGUUCGUUCUUAACCUGAAACUGUUCUUAACCUGAAGCACCACUUUAGCUAAUGGGGCCUCCUGCUGCUGCCGCCGCGCCGGCGGAGCACGAUUUCUGUUCUCAUCCUGAAGCAAAGUUCUUAACCCGAGGUACUAUUUCUGGGUUAGCGGAGUCUGUAACCUGAAGAGUAUGUAACCCGAGGUACCACUGUAUAGAUAAGUCUACUUGCAAAAAGUGCAGCUGGUGGCCACGAACCAGGUGUCUGCAGUAAUUAAAUGUUCAAACUGCCGCCGGUAUACCCAUUUUCUUCUGGGCUGGCAAAUGCUCCGUACGGAGCCCUCAUGUGCGAAAAGCUCCCCCUGGUUUGUGACAGAACGUGCGCCUGAGGUGCUCUGCGUACAAGCCAGCUGCACCACAUUGUUGGAUUUGUGUGGCUGUUAACAGGAGACACCCCUCGGAGGCAGGUAAGCGAUCUUGCACUAUGUGCUGAUCCUUCCUCCUCCUCCUCCUCUUCUCGUGGAAUAAACCUGUUAAUUUAGCACCUUUUGAUUUGCAUUUCCUAAACACUGUCGAUCUCCUCAGUGGAAAGUUUGGUGCUUUUGGAGGUGGGGAACACCUCAGAAUGUACCUUCUAUCAAUAACUCGUGUUUUUAUGGAAGUACAGAAGAGGUUCCAUGCGCUGCCCUUCUUACACUAGUUUGGAUUUUUCUGGGUUGCUUUUAUACCACAUAUGUAUUCCCUGAACCCAAUUUUGUACUUUUUUAGAGGGGGGAAAAAACACAUUGAAAACAAAAUGUUCAGUGUAUGUACGUAUGUAUGUAUAUAUAAAUAUAUAUAUGUAUGUAUGUAUGUAUAGGGGGAGAGAGAGAAAGAAAACUGCAUGAUUAUACUGUAGUUAAACGUUCCAUUCUUGAAAACCAAGGGAAGGCGUCGCUGCUCUCGGGAAUUAUACAUUUUGUCCAUAGUUACUUGUAUGAAGACACAUGUUGUAUGUAAAUAAAUGUGGGGUUCCCCCUCCCACCUCUCUUUUGCCCCUAAAGAAUUGUGAUAUUCCGUUAUUUAUUGAGCAGAGGAAAUACUGACCCACUGGUGUCCAAAGGGGGUAGUAGCUGUGUUAAGUCUUUUGCAGCAAAAAAAUAUCCAAAAGCCUUGUGUGGCACCUGAAUCAUAAGUUACCAGCUUGGAGGUUUCCAGAUGUUUUGGCCUUCCAUUCCCAUCAGCCCCAGCUGGCACAGUCUAUACUGGCAGGGGGCUGAUGGGAGUUAGAACCCAUAGAACCGGAGAGUUCGAAGGGACCAUGAGGGUCAUCUAGUCCAACCCCCUUUUGCCCAACGUAAAACUCGAACCCACGACCCUAGGAUUUAAGAGUCUCUACCGACUGAGCUGUAGGCCAAAACACUCUGUUGGCAAGAAAGCCGUGUUAGCCUUUAAGGUGCCUCCAGAUUCCUUGCCAUCUUCUAACGUUUUCCCCGGACAUUCUGUCAGAAGCAAAACAAGUUCUCAGUAGCUGAACAUUAUUUGUUCUUCGCUUCGUUGAUGAUGACCAGUGAAUGCUUGUUAUUCCUUUUCUCCCUCUUUUUGUACUCAUCAAAUAUCGGGAGGUUAUGGAGAACGUCUUGAUUCUACCCUGUAGCUGAAUAUGCAGGAUCCUGUUACACUUCUGUCAGUGAUGUAUACUAGCUUGUCACUGCCUUUUAAAACUUUUUUUAAAAAAGAAACUGUGUACCUCUUAAAGCCUCACGCUUGUCGAUGUGCACUUUUUGACCUGUGUAACAAAUGGGCAGUCACUAUGCAGUGAUGGUGUUUUAUUUUGGGGGUUUUUUUUGUACAGAGUGAAUGGAAUAAUAAAGGUUACCUUUUUAUUACAAGA